UUUUUUUAAAAAUGGGUUUUAUAAAGGAGCAACACUGCAAUCCCACACCUGCUGACCUAGGAGCAUGUCCUACUAAACUAAAUGGGGUUUAUUUCUGACACUAGGAUCGUAGCGUUCAUCUCAGUAAAGUGCGCAGCGAUAAAGCCCACAGCAAACCGUACACGAACUUCGCACGUUGCUGGAUCUCAUUGAGAAAACUGGAGGUCAAACAGAGUUACACAUGCCCGCAGCUCCGCCUCCUUUUCUGGAUGGCAACGCCCAUGUUCGUACGGGGGGAGGGAGAGAGAAACACCUUCGCUGUUCCUUUCUCGGACUUCCAAGCGGCGGCGCCCCCCUUCGAAGCCAGCCGUUUCCUCAACAAACUCGCCGCCCUCACAUCUCCGCUUAAGCAACGGACGCGGCUCGGCCAGGAUUGAGAUUUCGCUCUUUUACGCACGCACCCCCCCCACCUUCCAUUUGUUUACGCCAUUGGUACAUUCCAAGAGUGUUGCGGUGGCGGGAGGAGGGAGGAGCGCGGGAAGGCAAAGGAAACCGCCGUUUGGCUGAGCGAGCGCGGUGGGCGGCGCUUGAGGCGCGAGCCCAGCCGUUUUGACUUGUGAGGAGGAGGAGGAGGAGGAGGAGGAGGAGGAAGGCGGAGCCUCAAGCGCGCGCCUCCCUCUCCGUCUGUGAGAGGCUGCGCUCGGGCGCGAGCGGGCCAUGGGGGCGGAGCUUAACGCACCCACCCACCUACCCUCGCGAGCGGAGCCGAGCGCGCGCCUGUCGUUUGCUGGCUCGCGCGGGGGCGCGCGCGUUCCCUCCCUCAGUUCAGUCAAUCAGUCCGUCAGUGCUUGAGAGUCGUGUGUCGUUCGUUGGCGGCGGCGGCGCAGGACGGGACGGUCUGCUCUGGCCGGUUGGUCGGUCGGUGUUGGAUGGAGGGUCCCGUCCGCCUCGCCUGCUCUCUCUGGAAUGUACUGGGGGGCGGCUGCCGAGUGGGAGCGAGGGCUCUAUGGGCGCAGGCAGCGCCGCUGCUGCCGCUGAGGAGAGGUGAGAAGGAGGGGAGCCGCGGCGCUGGCGGGGGGUGGGGGUGGGAGUGGGGGCGGGUUGGCUGCGGUGGGUGUGUUAAAAGCCGGUGAGGGGAUGAAGAGAGGCCGAAGAAGUGCCGGGGCUUCGGGCCGAAUGCCUUGAGCCCGGCCAGCCCUGGGUGUGCGCGCGUACGUGUGUAUGCGCGCUUGGAGUUACAGGUCACCUCAGGAGGGCAAAGUGUAGGGCCGGGGGACGCUGCUGCAGCUGCUGAGGGCCCUCAGAGAGGAGGAGGAGGAGGAGGUGGUGCUCUUCAGUUAAAUGGUGAGGCUCGGUGUUUACAAUCGGUUCGUUUUUACGGCUACGUGUAAAGAAAAAACCUCGGGUCGUCGCACACUGUACUCUGAACCGGGAAGUGGGGCGCGUUUGUGUGUAAACGAAUCGGAUCCGAAGCAAGAGCCGGGUGUUAGCUGCAGGCUGAUUUUGGCGGGGACACCCCCUCCCCAAUGCACAACACCCACACACCCUGUAAAAAAACCCAACAACACGGGUCAUCAAUGUGCGAAACAAAUAAACACGUGCGCACAUGUGUGACCCCUUUAAAGGCUCGCUGAUUUAUUAUGCGAGUAAGCUGAUGUGGGCUACGUGCAGCAAGCAGCCCACUCAAUCAAGGCAAGAAGCAGUUAGGUUUUGCGCUGAGGCGGAAGCAUCAGCAAUGUUUCAUGGCACCUGGAAGACAGUUUUAUCCGGGAUGUUAGCUUCACGAAAGCUGCUGCCAUAAUAAACCUGCUCCUCUAAGUUGUGCCGCAGAUACCAUUUGCUUUAUUUAAAGACAUGAAGCAUGAUCCAGCCAGCCACAUCUAAACUGGAUCACAGUUCAUGAAAGUGGGAUUCUGUAGCCCAUGUAAACUUAUGCCACAAUAAGUAUAUUGUUUUUAAAUAUGUUAUAGAAGUGAGGUUUCUAUUGUAUUCUGGUGUUUAUAUUUGGUUUUAAUUCAUGUUUCACGUUACAAGGUACUUUAGGUCUCUUUUUUGAAAAAUGCAUCUAAUGAAUGCAAUUGAUAAUAAUAAAGCUUCUUAAAGUGCCCCAAGACUUUCUUCUGUGUAUAUGUGUUUGCUUUAAUAAGCUACCAUGUCUACUCCUCUGGAAUUUGAGGAAAUAAAGUUUGUUUAAUCUGAAAUAGUAUCUUUUUAAAUCCUAGAACUGUGAAAAGAAAGAAGCAUUAUGACAUUAGUCUUUAAUUAUGGGUGUCAUUUUUGAUAUCACGGUAUCCAUCCUCUAAGGUUGGCACUUGAAAAAUCUGUUUGUUGUUGAGUGCACCCAAGCUUUCCCCCUAUAUACAAAGGGAUGAGCACCUCUUACUCAGCUGUACUUUUCUGCAGAGUGCAUAUGCAAACUAACACGGGGGUUCUGGAAUAACCAACGCCUCCUGGUUCCAUUUAUAAAUGUGAAAGGUUUUUUUUGGGGGGGGGUGGAGGCAGAUGACUCUUAACUUUCUUUUUUACCUUUCAUUUUUACCUGACAAUGGAUGAAAUAUUUUGAUUGGUAUGAAUAUACCCUCUUGCACUUGAUUACUUUACUUUAAAAUAAGUUAGCCUAGUACAAGACAUCACUUUUUAUGACUUCUGCCCCCAUAUCCUAGACUUCCUUUAAUGUCAAAAAAUGCUUCUGCCUACUUUUUGUUACCUGACUUUGCAGUCAGGGAUAACCUUACCUGAUUGUGUUCCUGUCAUUUAUGAUGCAGUUCCAAAAGCUCUAGUGUGUACAGGUGGAAGGAAGAAUACCUGUGAUUACCUGUGUGAACUGGAAGGUAUUCUGUUCCUUCUGGUUAAGGCAUGGAUGCUGUAUAUCCAUGACCAAAUCCCAUAGAAGCAGAUAAUUGGAUCCUAAGCAGCUGCCAUGUCUGCAGUCUUCUGAUGCUGUCUUGAUCAGAAACUUGCUUUUGAUAGAGCCAAAAGCAGUUCCUGGCACUUCAAUGGGAAAUGUGAUUGAGAAGCUUGGUUGUCAACUUCAAACUGUUUUAAGUUCUGGCACAUCUCUUUAUGAACAUGAAACUGUAAGCUGCAUCUUGUUUUUCUUAAAAAGUAUUUAUAGCAACUACAUGUUGGGAGUUCUUCUCAUUUGGGCUGAGAUGAAACAUCACAUUUUGUCUGGAAAGUUUAAAUUAACUGUUGUUAACUGCUGCUCAACUAGAAAGCAUUCUUACCAGGAGCAGCCUGCAUUGCCGCUAUCUGUUAUGCACAUGUUAAAAUUGCAUAGUGUCCAAAUGAGUUGUGUGGAAGAAAGAUAUUAUAAAAUAAGAAAAGUUUGUUUCUCUGUACUGUACCUAAUUUCAGAGGAACAGUUUGCUUACUUAAUCAGGAACAUAAUUCGCUGUGACUUGUGGGUUUACAUAAGAGAAUUCUUAGCAUUAAGUUCUUUCAGCAUCUUAAUUAACCAAACUUGCAGGAGAUUGAUGCCUCAAUCUGCUGUUCCUGGAGGCUAUCUCUAUUGAUUUCUAAGCAGAGUAUUUAUGAUUCUGUGUCAAAACACUUGUGUUUGUGUCAAAAGGAGAUCAGUUGUGAUUUUAACCCUGUAUCAUUCUUAACAGAGGAUUGGCUGGUUUUAAAACUUUGUAUUCAAAUAUGAUUUUUCCUGAGAAAAGAACUCUACAGUGUCAUUUAGUUUUCUCAAAAGGGACACAGUAAAGAGUUGGAUCAUGUUGCUUUAGUUUGUAGGUUUCAUAAUCCUUGCCCAGUCUAGCAGGUGGUUUGACUUUCAAGUGAAUUAAAUUGAUUGUUUAGACAGCCAGGUCAGCAAAACAGUACAGAAUGAGUUUUCUAUGUACCAGAGCAAGAACUGUUGUACUCCUUUUACUGUCAAAGUGAGAGAGGACUUGGUACUGAACUCAAUUUAGGAGGCCUAUAAUCUGAUGUUUUUCCAUGAUGGAUAAAAAACAUGCAGACCUAUUUUGAUGUAUUUUUACAUUUUUUCGGGGCGAGUGUUUCUUUUUAGUUAUAGCAUGUACAUAAACUAGGGGUUGAAUCUAGUUCAUUAUGACCUAUUAUCUGACAGUUUCCUUUCAGAAGUAAUAAUGGUUGUAGUCUGUCUGCAGCGCAUUUUAAACAGGAUUUAGGGCAAUAUUAUUUUAAAUGUUAAUGUUAUCUAACUGUGAAAUAUCCCUUGACUUUUAGCCAUAAAAGUUAUCUCCCAGGGCCAUUUGGCAUUCGUUAUAUCUCAUGAUUUUCAAAACUCAGGGUAUUCAGCAACAUCAGUGUCAUGUACAAAGAGAUUUCAUUUUUAAGGUUAAAAAUCUAAAGGAAAAAUUAAUCACUGCUAGCUUGUUUUCAUGCUCAAAGAGUUAAGCAUGAAUGUCUUGCUGUUAAAAUGAAACCAUGCAGUAUGCAAUAAUAGGAAACAUCCCUUUGUAGAAUAUGUAGCAUUUUGUAUGAUUCUUUUAAUAUUUCCUUACUUCCCUUUUUCAGCCUUGUGAUGUACAGUAUCGCUGUCACGCACAAUCUGGGUAAUAGUACUGAGGUGAUAUUAAUGUGACUCUUUAAAAUCAAACUAAUUAUAUCUGCCUGAAAGAGCCACAUUAGUGUGAUUCUUGCUCCCUAGUGCUUUUUUGGAGCCCUGGAGACAACCUAGUGAAUAGGGCUGAAAAUUCAUUCUGUAUUUGAUUAAAUGGAACAGACUCGUUGCUUCUUACCCCAGCAGGGGCUAUGAGAUCUCUUGAUCCCCGAAGCGGCUCAUAGACCCUGGGAAUUCCAUUAGCAAGCACCUGAGGAAUUUCUGCCCUGCAGUGCCUUUUUUUGUAAUACGGGUGGGGGUGGGGAAAAUAGAACAAGAAGUAUAUCACUCUUGAUGAUGAGUGGGGGAGGCUACACCAGAAGAAUCUGUAUGUUGGCAGAUCUAAAAUCAAGGCAUGACUUAACAGCUUAUCUAGUGAGAGAAAAGCCCAACCCCAAAGAAUACGAAUAGUUAGACACUGAUGUUUAAAGAGAACUGUACUUUACUUAAGGCACUGAAAUUAGUUCAACCACCCUUAUUAUUGAAACCAUCACUUAUUUCUCAGUCUGAAGAAGCAAACCGGUGGCAAACCAUUAUCAGUGCAAGCACUUAGACUUGUGGAGUGGGUGAGUCUUUUUAAUAAGAUGGAAUAUAACAGGCAAUGGUGUGUACUUUUUAUUUGCCAGUUAAUAUAAAUUUGGUUUUUUGAUUAUUUUUAAUCAUAUUUAUGGUACUGUUUAAAGCACAGAUUUUUGCUGAGAGAAGCCUCUAGAGCACUAUUUUGAUCACACUGAUUUUUUUUUAAAGGUCUGAAUAAGUAACAGAUUCUUGGUAAUUAACCUUUUAUUUGUAUACUUUUCAUCUUCCCCCACGGGAAAAAUACUGGUAAUUGAAGCAUUUCUCAAUAGUUCCAAGUUUGUGUUCAUUAUCUUUUUAUCUUAAAUUUUUGAUAACAUAUGCAAGUGGUAUAUGAUUUGUAUGCAAGAAUAUAUAUGGAUUGCACUAUACAUGUUUGAUCAUUUGGUGAUUAUCAUAUUUCUAUAUUGAAUGGUAUAUUUCGUAUGUGGUCCAUUGUUUCCAUUUACAAUUUGUACAUGGAAUUCCUGUCUAUUUUUUAGACAUACUUCAUUAAAAAAACCAAGGUACUUAGCAAUUGAAUAUUGCACCUUGCCUGAACAUAAUCACAAAGACUGCACAGGUAGUCUUGUGUAAUGUGGCUUACUAUUAAGGAUGACAAUCCCUUCUCUAAAUACCUACUUCCCUCUACCUGCUCCAAUUUUUAAACAUUUUUUAAUUGAAAAGGUUUAGGAAGCAAAGCUUAUUCUUUAACAUGAUUCUUGGAGGGUGUGCUGAUUUCAGGGUUUAGAUUUUCUGUUGUUAUUUGUAUAUGUACAUUAAAUGUGGAAAUUGUAAUGAUUUGAUUUACAGCAGCAGCAGUGCUUUUUUUCCCCUUAAAAAAUGUUUAGGGGUACUCUCAUUUUGACUCAAGAAAAUCACCAUUUUAUAGUUCAAAUUGGGAAAAAUAAAUACAGUAAAUGGACAAAAGUACAAAGAUUCACAAAAUGUUAAGGGGCAUGCAUUCCCCCAUAAAAAAGCACUGAACAUCAGUAUUGGCUAAGAUUGUUUCUGGUACUGUCUGAGUUUGGAAUCCAAUUUUAGUAGUUGCACUGACAAACAUUUCCAGUAGCAUUUCUAGUUUAUCAUUUGGAUAUUUUAAAAUAGAGCAUAUGAAGGGGGAAGAAAAAUGUAAGGAGUUCCUUAGAUUUAAUUCAAUCUGUUGCAUGAAAUAUACUUCUGAAGUAAGAUUGGAAUAUUAUUUGUUUGUAAGUUUCAUUUAAGCAUAAUUAGGUAUGAUGUGCGCUAACAAGUAUAAUAAAUAGCUUAAAUGUCAGCGUGGUAAAAGCACAAAACAGUGGGAAAAUGAUAAAAUGGUAUUAUAUUGAUUGACACAAGAGCUAAUAUUUUAGGAUGACAGCUGAAUCUCUCCUGUAGUACUAACAUUUGAAAGUAAGAUUUUAUUUCCAACACAAUUUUUAUUCUGAGAAGUUGGCAUUCUCUGCUCAUGUUCUGCAAACACUGAUCUUCUCUAUUUCUGUUUAGUAAAAUUAUCUAGUUUGUGAUGUUUACAAAAUUCUUUUCAGCUAUGCAGAACAUUGGCUGUGACAUACUCCCUCUGCUGGUCAGCUGCAAAGGCAGCACUAUUUGUGAAUACAGUACCUGUUCAGGAAACUUUAGAGUAGUAGACACUUUCAUGUUUGAUAGUACAACAGCUAUAACUUUAGGGAAACAAAGAAAACAGUAAUUUGGGAGUCAUACUAGCACUACUAUCUGUCUGUUAGAAUGUAAAUUCAAGAUUCUUGAUUUCAGCUUUCUCUUUUGGAAUGGGUUCACCAAAGCACGAAUUGCACACACAUGCAUUUGUUAUCAAAGUACAAAAAAUAUAUGCACUGUAUUCUGUAUAUUAGAAGAUUAAAGCUUUUAAAAACUAGAUGGGCAGUCAGUCCAUGUCAAGUUAUUGGCACAAUAAAACUAUGUAUUGAAAACCACAGAAACAAGUUUGGAUAGUGACUUGAAGAAAGGGCACAGUUUUUAAAAUGUAAUGCUAUCUUAGCAUUGCAGCCAAGUCUGUUCUUUUAAUGUAAAGUAAACUAUCUUAAAGUAGCCUGGGACAUUUUAUGUAGUACUGAUGUCUGCCUUAGAAAUGUGUCAUAAGUGAGUAUUCCAAUCUAUAUUUUGUGUGGUAACUGAUGUAGCAUUUGCUUUAUGAUGCCAGUUUUUGAUGGUUCAUUAUGCUCAAUAACUUCAGCAAAAUGUAUCAGUAAAUAGCAGGUAACUUUCUCUGUCUCUACUGAAAAUGGUUUUUCUUGCUACCUGUAGGGUUUUACAUGAGUCUACUGUCUACAGCUGUCUUGAUGAGUCUUCCCCAACCUAGUACUCUCCAUAUGUUUUAGACAACUCUAGCUGGCUGAGGCUGAUGGAAAUUAAGUCCAACAACAUCUGGUGGGCAGCAGGUUGGGGAAGGCUGACAUUAAGGUUUUAGAAAUUAGUGGCCACUGAGAGAACAGCAUGCUGGAUUAGAUGGACCUUUGGUCUGAUCCAGCAGGGCUGCUUGUAUGUUUGUAUCCAUAGAAAAGUAGGUGGCAAGUAACAAAGCAGGGGAUUGGUGUAAGUAAGCUGUACAGAGAGUGUGUGGAAGACAGCUGUGCUGAAAAAUCGGGUGGAGUCAAGCUAAUCUGCUGGGCAUUGAGGAUGCAUGUGAGGCAGAGAUGCACAGUGCACUGAGGGUUUACUUACCUCACUGCUUCAACAAUGGGGUUGUGAUUUUAUGACAAGUCCAUUGAGGUCUGGGCAUCUCUAAGGCAGUCAUAACCAGGCAGGAAAUGUAUGUGAUCUUAGAAGUGAGAAGGCAGCAGGCUGUGGGUUCUGAUUCUGCACGUUUGUGGAGUGUGAGGGAAGAGAAGUGGUGAUCGUCAUCCCUGUCUUUCUACCUGAGCCCUUUGUUGGCAGUAUAGGCAGUGAACAUACUCUCCUCACCCCUCACAGCAUAUAUGCAGGAAGCAUGAUGUUGGCACAAGAGAAAGCAUGAUGCAGUCAGCUGACAUAUCAGUAAGGGAGGGUGAUGGAAUAAGUUAGGCAGACAGAUAUGGGAGAUAAACAUGGAUAAUGGAGACCAUGUAUCAGGAGAAAUUUUCUCUCAGUCUACUAUUUAGUAACUGGGGGCACAUUUGUGUAUUCUGUACCAGCCAAUGCAUUGGGUGUGGGCCCCUAGGAUCCUAAAUUGAACUAUUAGAAGAAUAAGUCUUGGAAUCCAGUGUCAGCCUCCUGAUGGUGCUCUCUGUGAUUGAAAGUGAGGGCAUGUUAGAGGAGGUCAGCAGCCUCUUCCUGCCUAUGGAACUUCUUCCAGCUUUCUAUGAAAUCCUGUCCUGUACUGGACAGAUAUGGAGAAGGUGUCGGAACACCACUUUUUUGUCCCUUAUACCUCCCAGCUAAGACUAUUCCAACCCAUCAUCCAUUACAACUAUAUUUUGCAGUUUGGCAGUAGGCAUGUCUUGAUUCACCGGCAGUCCCCAAUAACCUGAAUCAGCUGAUCACCAUUGCCAACAGCCCACAUAACAGAGGCACAAAUGCAAGGAUCAGACACUGCAACAAGCCCAGAUACAGAUGCAAUAAAAUAGGUAUUAAAGCACCUAAUAAUGUUAACCACAAUAUCAAGGGUUUAUUCACCUGCUUGUCUUCCAGUAUGAUAUACAGUAUCAUCUGCCAGUAAUGGCCUUCUGCAUUCUAUACAGUAUAGGGCAAACAGGUCAGUAGCCUUUAUGCAAAGAAAGAGAGAGAAAACACAAAUAUUACAUCAAAAAGGACCAUAUUCCAUUGGCGAACAUUUCACCACCAUAGAAUACUCUUUUACUGACCUUAAGUUGACCGUUCCUGAACAAAGAGAGGUGUUGAUUAAUUCACAGUGCCAGGAUGUGUAUGUUACUGUUCACAAAGCAAUGUCGCUCAUUGUAAUUCUUUUACAUACAGUUAAGCGUUAAUACAUUUUUCACCAUCUGUGUUUCUUACAUUUCAUUUUCUGCUCAUCUGACAGCUAAUGUUUUGUCUCUUUCUCUAUAGUCAUGUGUAUUAUAUUGUAGCUACUCAUUCAGCAUCAUAUGCCAUAAAUCUGAUAAAGUGGGGUUUAGUCCUUGAAAGCAUGUGCCAUAAUAAAUUAAUUUUAAAGAUGCUGCAAGACUUCGUUUUUUGCCCAUGUUCUGAAUAAAACAAUCUAAAUAAAAUGUUCUAAAUAAAACAAACAAGUUGUUGCUUGAAUACCUGAGGCUACAAUAUUAGAAAUUAUUAAAAAGCAAAUAAUCACAACUCCUUAAUUUAAUUCUUCAAAUCCUCUUUCAGUAAUCACAUAAGUUAUAAAGCAUUUGACUGCUGGUGCAAGACUUGCCUACCACUAAGUGGAUUUAUUUUUGGCAUUAUAUCACAUAAAUCAGGGGCUGUAAAAACAAUGUUGAUACCAUGUAAAUUUUAGAAUAGCUGUAGCCUUCAAUCCAAGAAAUCUUUCUAAUAAGACAGUUGAAUUGUUGAAGGAAUACUGAAAUGAUACUGUUGUAAAUCUGCUGUUCUGUGAUCUGAUGAAGCUGUUGAGAUACAUUUUGGAACAUUAAAGCUUGAUUUCCUCAUGGAAUCUUCUGCUGAGUUACCUGGAAAUUUGCACUGGGUUUUGGUUUCCCUAAACUUGAUAGAAUUACAGGAGGUUAAAAAGUGUGGUCCACCAAUUCAUUUGAAUCGAGUAUAUAUGCCAACAAAAUGCAAGCAAGACUGAGUUUGGUGAAAAUGUCAGUGAAGUAUAGAAUAAAUAACAUGAGGUCAAAACUUAACAGUUGCUCCUUUCUUACUUCAUAUUGAGUGAGAUUUAUUUCGUCUCUCUACCAUAUGCUGGUUGAAAUUCUGUGGAACUCGUGUUUGCUUUGUGUUCCCAUUCAUGGGACUUGUAUUUUCCCUGUGGCCAUGAAUUCAGUGAAUUCUAAUUACCUAUGAUGUAAGAUAGUAGUAGAUGACUGGGUGGCUAUAAAUUGUAGCUGCAGGUGUGGAUUUAAUAGAUAUAUGUUCCUUUUAUGGAUCACAAAUAGUAUCUAUAGUACAAGUUGCAACAGAAAAUAAGACUUGAUAAGCUGGCUUACUUUUGGCCUGUAUUUUAUAGAGUUGCCAUAGUUUCUUGAGAUUGUCAGUGGAAGUACAGUUGAAAAUUACGGUAAGUUAUUAGUUAUUUUAGACUAGAGUUCAGAUACCUUUGCACAAGUACUUAACGACUGGUGGAUACUUAAUAGCAGAACACCAUCAUUCUUUAGCCAAAGCGGAUACUAAGCAGUGUGGUGUAAUGGUUAGAGUGUUGCAUCAGGACCUGGGAGAGCAGGGUUUGAAUCCCCACUCAGCCAUGAAACUCACUGGAUGAUCUUGGGACAGUCACCAUUUCUUAGCCUAGCCUACCUCACAGGAUUGUUGUGAGGAUGACAUGGGGGGGGGGAGGAGAACCAUGUACACCACCUUGAGAUCCUUGGAAGAUAAAGGUGGUAUAUUAAUGUAAGCAAUAAAUAACAACCACCACCACCACCACCACCACCACCACCCUGAUAGAUAUGUUCUGCCUCCAAAGUUGGAAACCACAGGAGGGGAGAGUGUUGUUGUACUCGGAUCCUGCUUAUGGGUUUUCCAUACACAUCUGGUUGCUCAGUGUGAGAACAGGCUGCUGAAGCUGAUGGGCCACUGGCCUGAUCCAGCAGUCUCUUUUUGCAUUCUUGUGUGUGUGUCUCUUCCUGUCAUUUAAGUUAUGGAAUUUCCCAAAAGAACAGUACUGAGGCAUCUGAGCAUUGUGAUGGAAUGAAAUGUCAGAUCUCUACACUUGUUCUCUAGACCUUCCUUCAUCAUAUCUGAAUGUCCUUAAUGUCAUUUUUCUAGUCUUUCAAACCAAAUUAAUAGGUCUUCAGGCCUCUACGUUGGCUCAUCUUACUUUUCUCUCCAUGCAAUUGAAUUUGAGACUACUUGAGAGAUCAUAUUUGGAUUUAAUCCUAGUUCUUGUUGUGCAUCUUAGUACCUUGCUUUCUUUUUGAAUGCAAUGUAUCUAACUACUGAUUGCUUACACUAGUGAAUGGAGAAAGGCACUGUAAAGCUAAAAGGAUUUCCUUACUGAAAAUGCACCAACAGUCUUCUUGGGUUUCUUCUUCUGUACCGGCAGCUCUCAACUUGCAGGGGUUACGCUCCAGGGACAGCCCAUAAAGCCAAAAUCGUAUAUAGUCAAAACACAUUGGGUGGAGUGGGUGUGUAAGAGUGCCAAAGCCUUUUUCCCUAGACACCUAUUCCAUUUCCGUCCACUUGUUUAUUUUUUAGCCGAGCACAUAAAACUGGAUGUGUGCAAGUUAAAUGCACACAAGUUGCAAGUUACCUGUACUGCCGUGCUUGAUUUGCUUUCUUGAGAUGUGUGGACUGUUACUGGGUUGUUUAUGCACUUCUGGCAUGGCAUACCUUGUGUGUUCUACUCCAUUCUUGUGACAUACUUUAGUCAGAAUGUUUUGGAAUGUGGAAUAUUAUACAGAGAAUCAUGCUUCUAGGUCAGAGGGUAGAUGGUUCUAUUAUAUCUCCAGGCCGCAUCUGUAUUCCAUGUGCAAGUUCCAUUAGACUGUUAUUGGCCAUACCUAAGAACCAGAUGUGUUCGACAUGGUUUAGUGUGCAUUACAUAGUCAGGGCCAUAUGCAUGCCAAGUUUUAGAACAAAGCUGCUUUUUUGUGUGUCUCGUUAUAACAAUUGAAUAAUUAAAACAGUUGAAAAUCCUGCCCUACCCUAUUCCUUCUAUAGCUUGCAGAUGUGUAAUUUAGUUGACCUAUGAGUUGAGUUCAAGAAUGAAAAUUUAUAGACCUCAAGGCAAAAUGUAAAAGCCUUACCAAUUGAAGUGUGGCUCAGAUAAAUGGGUGGUGGCCGCUAUCUAGCUUCGAAACAUGUACACAAUUUUGGUUUUUCAGAGGAGAAAAAUAUUUCUCUCUAGGCAUCACACCAUAAUUAGAAUUUCUUACACAACUGUGUAAUCAUGUUGGCAAUAUGUCAGCAAAAUGUGUACAGUUUUUUAGCUAUGUGACCCACGGAGUCUUACAAUGAUGAGUUGCCCAACUUUUCUUAGCCUUUAUAGUUUCCAAGAAUUAAACUAAUAGAAAUGUUGAAAAGUCAGGAGCAAGGAAAUACAUUAAAAUAUGUAUUCAUUGGUCGGUGGUCAUAAUCAGUGGUUAUAAUUUCUAAGUUAAAUCAAUAUUUUUUUAAGGGUUGCAAAAAACUCUUCAAAGUUUUUUGUUACCAUUCUGUAUGGCAUAAAGAAAGAAAGUCUCAAAAUGGGACUGGAAAAAUGUAGUGAACUCUAAUAAAAGAGUAAAUGGACAAUUUACUACAUUAUUUUGUUGAAAUGUUCCUUGGGGGUGUAAAUUUAGUUUAAGGUGAAUUAUAAUGCCUCUGAGGAGGGUUUAUAUUGAUACUCAUUGGACAGUUUACUGUUUUACUUGAGUUCUCUCCUUUACCCUGUACUAUUUUGAGGUUUCCCUCUUUCUCUGCUCUUUUGCAUUUGGUUCUGUCCUUUUUUAUUUAGUGUUGUAGCCUUCAGCUCUUGAGCUAUAAUAAGCCUGGUUGAUAUUGCAAGACACAGGAUUUUCUUAGUGACUUUCAAUUUCAGUAGUAGAUGGAUUUAUGUGAAUUUAAUACUUGCAGAAAUAAGCCACCAUUGUAUUUUGUUUCACAGUAACUUGCACACAGAGAAUUUGUCUCAGGAUUGUGGGUUUGAGACCUACGUUGGGUAAAAGAUUCCUGCGUUGGGUAAAAGAUUCCUGCAUUGCAGGGGGUUGGACUAGGUGUCCCACAUGGUCCCUUCCAACUGUACAGUUCUAUGAUUCUAAGUUUCUGUGAAAUAAAUUCCCUGGAAAAGUUCGAGUUCCUUCAAAUGGUUGUGGUGUUUGAUGAAACAUGAAAUGGUGCUUUGUGGCAAGUUGGCAUAUUUUUGUUCCUACUAGCUCAUGCUGAAACUUGACUCGAAAAACAAAACACCCUAGUCUAGUCAUAGUGAAUCAGUGGAACACUUUACCUGUUGCUUUAAAUUAAACCUUUUUCCAGGAAAGUGUUGUGACUUGUAGAAUCUAGAAAAAAUUUUUACUAGUGAACAUCUGUGAUUCUAGGUUGUAAAAAGUGCUUGGUACACCCUUUAUCUCUAGAGUUUGGUUUAUCUUUAGUGCCUGACUAUGUUUUUAAUUUAAAUUUAUAUUUACCACUUUGAGAACUGAAGGUUCUCAAAGUGGUAAAUAUUAAUAUACUAUUAAAAUCAAACAAGGUUAGGAAUGAAGUUACAGCAACAAAGUAAGCUUUAAAGCGACAUAUGGUCACCAUCAGAGCACUAGUAGGAGGGACAGAUAAUCACAAUAGCAGAGGCAUGAAAAAAAAGCAGGGUUUUUUUACAAGAUGUUGAAAUGCCAAUAAAGAGUGGGACAAACAAGUGUCUUAGGAUUGGGAGUCACAUAAUCAGAGCAGUACACCUUGAUAUGUAUGAUUACUACAUGCACAGUGAUUUCCAAAUUUGGGGCAGGGUGGACAAUAUCAUAUUUGUAAUACAGUGGUGCCCCGCAAGACGAAUGCCUCGCAAGACAGAAAACCCGCUAGACGAAAGGGUUUUCCAUUUUUGAGUUGCUUCGCAGGACGAAUUUCCCUAUGGGCUUGCUUCGCAAGACGAAAAUGUCUUGCGAGUCUUGAGAUUUUUUUUCGCUCCCCCCUUUUGCUAAGCCGCUCAUAGCCUUUUAGCAGCUAAGCCGAUAAGCCUUUAAUAGCCGCUAAACCGCUAAUAGCGCUAAGCCGCUAAGCCGCUAAUAGGGUUGCUUCGCAAGACAAAAAAACCGCUAGACGAAGACACUCGCGGAACGGAUUAAUUUCGUCUUGCGAGGCACCACUGUAUAUAUAAAUGGAGUGUUGACUGCUUGAUUCCUUCCGUGUUUUAGAACAGUGAAAUAAACUUGGAAGCGAGUUUGUUGCUCAUCAACUUUAAUUCAGAGCAUAAAUGGAGGCAUAACAUUGUUGCUGGGUUAUAUAGAUAUCUCACGUUUAACAAAUGAAAAUAGGCAUAUUUGUUCCUGAACAGGGAUAGCAUAACCACUAUAGUCCAUGCAUUUGUAAUUUCUAGGCUAGAUUACUACAAUGUGCUCUAUGUGGGGCUGCCCUUGGGUCUUGUGUGGAAGCUCCAGCCGGGGAUGUGGCUGACAGCAUGUGACAACAUAGUUAAAACAUUAGCAUUGCUGCCAAUCUGCUACUAAGUCAGGUUCUGGGUCCUUGUAUUAAUUUACCUUAGGGACCACCUGAACCCUUACAUUCCAGACUGAUCCCUGAGAUAAUCUGCAGGGGCAUCAUUAGUUGUUUCCUAAGUUAACGAGACUCAUUUGAUAGUAACAAGAAGCCUUUUGUGUCACUGGAAUACUUGUGGAAUACUCUGACAGUAGAGGUACCUUCUUUUUCAGCUUUUAAAUCAGGGGUAGGCAACCUAAGGCCGAAUGUGGCCCAAUUGCCUUCUCAAUCCGGCCCGUGGAUGGACCGGGAAUCAGCGUGUUUUUACAUGAGUAGAAUUUAUUUAUUUAAAUGUUAUUUAAAAUGCAUCUCGGGGUUAUUUGUGGGGCAUAGGAAUUCGUUCAUCCCCCCCAAAAAAAUAUAGUCUGACACCCCACAAAGUCUGAGGGACAGUGGACCCGCCCAUGGCUGGAAAAGGUUGCUGACCCCUGUUUUAAAUGCUUGCUGAAUUUUUUUCUAUUUCAUGAGGCUUAUGCUGGCAAUUACACAUACAGUACAUCUUUCUGUAAUGGUUAGCUGUUCUCUGGGUUGUUGUUUUUACUGAAAUUUUGUUUACUUUUUAUGUAUAACUGUUGUAAACCACUGUGAUACUUUUUUAAAGAAUAGCAGUAUACAAAUGGUCAAAACAAACAAUUAAAGCAUUUCAUAUUGGAGUCAAAUACAAGCCAUCUAGUUGCCCAAGGUGAGCAGGUUCAAAUGCCUGAAUAACUAUGGGAUCUCUCUGCAUGAUUUUAGCAAGUCACUUUCUUUCUUUCUAACUUAUCUCUCAGGUAGUACUUGUGCACACAGUAGCAUAAAGCUUGCUUAAACAUAUGUUCUUAAUGGUUGCGUUCAGAGUGUUACAGUGACCUAUAGCAGAUGGUAUUGGAUUUUGAUGAGGAAAUUUUCCACAUUCCUGCCUUUCCAUAUCAUUUUGAAAAGGCAUUCAUUUAAUCCCCUUCCCCCUUGUGGCCUGUGGAGAUUUGUAUUCAUCUGGUUGCCUUUUCUGUGUCAAGUGUCCAUAUUUAUCAUGAAUAAUAUAAGGGAUAUCACACACCUCAGAUUUAGUUGCUGUACCUAACUCCACCCUUUCUGCUCUUGGAAUGUAAAAUGACCCAAAUCCAGAAGUUAGGGGAGCGAGGGAGUAAGAUGUGCAUAGCCAGACAACAGACAACUCAGUUGCUGUCAGCCCAUUGAACUUAGUGAGACUUACUUCUGAGUAGACAUGCAUAUACUUGUCUGUUCAGAUUUAAACCACGCUAUAUUAAUUUAUUUUAGGAAGAUGAGAGAGGGAUAAUAAACCGAUUAGUUAAUUCGUAGCUGUUACUAAACAUACCUAUAAUAAAUUUAUUAAUUAAAUGGGUUUUCAUAAAAGCUUAUGACUGCAGCCUGCAUUGAAACUACCACUUUUUAUACAUUCUUAUUUAUUGAUUUCACUGCAGUGUUUGAAACUCCCAUUGUUCUAGGCACAUUUUGCAACAGGGAAUUUCAUUUCCGUGAGCAGUUUCUGAGCUCUGGGCGCAGUGCUGCACCAAAGAUGUCAAAUUAAAACUGCACACUGGAAGGAAAAGAGGACCUUUUUCUGCCUCCCCACUUCCAGCUACUCUCUGAAGACUGGAGAAGAGACCCUCUUUAGAAUAUUAGGGGGUGGGUAGGAAGAAGGAUUCUUGUUAUAAAAAAAGUGCCUUGACAGUCCGUUACGCCCAUGACCUAGGUUUAAGGUGCCAUUUAGCUCCUAGCUUUCAUAUCUCAGUUUCUAACACUGUUAUACUGAUAUGCAGUACUAGCUUUCUUCCAAGGCAUUCCAAUGUUAUUUGCAUUUUUACAAUACUAAAACAAAUGGUACAAAAUAUGGAACAUUUUCUUUUUAGACCAGGUAGUGGUCCCUUCAAGAGCUGAUAAUGAGCCUCCUACCUUGAGCUUCUUCACUUCUGCCUUCCUUCAGUGCAUGCAGCUCUUAAUUUGCCCCAAGGAAGAUGUGGGAAGAGCUACCCCAAUAGUAAUAGGUGGAAGAUGGCAGUUGUGGAAAAAGACAGCAGGCUUGAGGACUGUCUUCUGUUUGGUCUAGCAAUUUUAGAACAUUUUUUAAAAAAAAAUUUCUUAAUUGCCAUUCUAUUUGCUUACUAAAGAUGACAUACAAUAAUAAGAAAAAAGGCAAAGUUAGGCAGGCUGAUACACAAGUAAAAUAUGACAAUUUCUCCACUAGUUUGGUAAUAUCUUCACUGGGACCAUCCAAAAUGUCACAAAGUGUAGCAUACUUUUGAGUUCCCCAGAACUCAGCAUACAAAUAAGAUGUUUACACAGAGAUGAGACCAAGAGGUCAGAUUGUAGACUCAGUUACAAGAUGGAGACUGCAGGCUAAAUAACUCCCUCCCAGGUGCUUCAGAUAUCAGGUUACACACCUAGGAUUCUGGAAUAAAUAAGCAAUGCCAUCUCCAAAUUUCUGAUAAAUUAAAGCCUGGCUUGUAACAUAUCUGUGUCAAAAAUAAUGAAUAAAAAAUUAUCCUGAAAUGGUUAAAAAUGUUAAACUUUUGAAAUAAUAUUAUGAUUCUAAAGUAUAAUUCAAAUUAGCUUGUUACACACAUUGUAUUUUUGUCCUAAAUUUAGAAAAUUUAGGUGUGUGCACACAUAUCCUGCCUUCAUUCUUGGUUUGAAAAACUUCUGGUAAAUUCUUUAUUCCAUUCAGUAUCAUAGAUUUGUGAAAGGCUAGUACAAAUAUUGAAAAUGGAAAUUUAGUUGAAGGACUGAACCUUGGAAACCAACAGACUCACUUCUCUCUUCCCAAAGUACUUCUAGAUCUGACUUUUCAAAUCACUUUUGCAAGUUUCUCGUCCGCAGGCAUGUUGGAGGCCUGACUUCUUUUAAUCCAGUAAAACACAAAAAUAUAAGUUGUAGUUCCUGCCUUUUACAUUAGGUUGUGACUAAAUCAGAACAUUAUUUGAGCUCAAUCCCUUCUUUUCUGAAUGUAAUUAGGAACACACUGAUUCUUAUUGCAGCUGGCAGCCUCUCACUAUUGCCUUUUUCUUCAUGUGACCCCCAUGGUCUCGAUGACCUUUCCUGGGGUUAGUCAUAGGCCUUUUUCAUUGUGAUGGGCUAGAAGUGGCUCAUGUGGAGUUGAUUAUUUCCUUGCUUGUCUGGUCUUUUUGGUGCCAUAACUUCAAGUCAUUUCCAUUUUCUUCUCUGUUUUUGGCUGACCACAGUGAAAGGAAAUGCUUUUGCUGGCGACAGGAUCAGUUUACAUGCUUGGCCGACUUGAUUGAGCCUGUGAAAAGGUGGGGGCGCAGGGUAACAAACCCCAAAGGUGCUAUAUUUCCUAGGUAUAAUUUGGUAGUUGGUAGUGUCUAUUAAACAUCUAAAAUCUGCUUAAAUUUACAUUUCCCUGAUUUUCCAGUCUCCCUUUCAGUGUUUAAUGCACAGCAACUUUUUAAAAAUCCCAAACCCACAGCCCUGUGAGAGAGAAUGUAUUAGUGUCAAUUGUACAUGAAUGCGCAUUGAGAGAUUUUACAGUUCUCAGAAGAGUGAAGAAAUGAACCCUGGGGUUAGCAGUUAAAAUUGAUGGGCAGCAAGUCAGUUGCUACUAGCUGAUGUUUAACCACUCCUUGUAAACAAAUAAGGCCUAGUGAAUUGCAUAUGCCAGCUGUUACAUUUGUAUUCCUGAGGUCUGACGAAACAGCAUGAAAACUGUGAUCAAAGGCUUUGAGAAUCACGGAGGAGCCAGUGACUAAGGAAAUGCCACUGACUAAGGAAAUACCUUUCUCUAAAUAAUGUAGACAUCUCUACUUUUGCUUUUAAGGUGGCUCAGUGUGAAACUUAAUGAUCAAUUUUCACUUUUAAAAAUGUGUGCUGUUCCUGACACAUGUUGUGGAAUCUAAAUGGGUUUUCAUUGAUGCAAGGGGGGCAGUGUGACAUGAUGUUUUUUCACACAAUGUUAUGUACAGAUUAAGAUCAUACAAAACUCUGAAAUUGCAACAGAAUGAAAUAAGCAACUUUCAUAAGUUGAAAUUUCUCUGUCGCACAAAAUUUUAAAAUCCUCCAUUUUUCAAAGGCAUUGACUUGCACUGGUGGUGUCAUUUGCUGCCUCUCUCAGCUCUCCACCCCUCACUUCCGUAAUAUGUAGAUAGUACUGACAUACAUUCAUGGAUUUUUAAAGUAUUAUAACAAGUGAGAGCUGGACCAUAAAGAAGGCUGAUCGCCGAAGAAUUGAUGCUUUUGAAUUAUGGUGCUGGAGGAGACUCUUGAGAGUCCCAUGGACGGCAAGAAGAUCAAACCUCUCCAUUCUGAAGGAAAUCAGCCCUGAGUGCUCACUGGAAGGACAGAUCCUGAAGCUGAGGCUCCAAUACUUUGGCCACCUCAUGAGAAGAGAAGACUCCCUGGAAAAGACCCUGAUGUUGGGAAAGAUGGAGGGCACAAGGAGAAGGGGACGGCAGAGAAUGAGAUGGUUGGAUAGUGUUCUUGAAGCUACCAGCAUGAGUUUGAUCAAACUGUGGGAGGCAGUGGAGGACAGAAGUGCCUGGCGUGCUCUGGUCCAUGGGGUCACGAAGAGUCGGACAUGACUAAACGACUAAACAACAACAACAAGAAAAAAUGUACCUGAAGUGUGUUGAACACUGUUGAGUGCCAUAUAGAUGGAUUAUUAUUCAUUCAGUUAAUAUUCUCAAAGGGCAAAGAAGCUUUGUUGUAAUUCAUCUAAAGCAAAUUAGCCACUUAUCAAAAGCUCAUUUUAGAGCUGGGGUAACAAAAGCAAUAUUGUCUGGCUUCUGGGAAAUGGAAUCAUGAUCUUACUAAUUUUUGAUUUUUUUUGAAAACUUGGUGCUGCUUUAAAUGGAUGAUUUGCUUAUUUGUUUAAGCACAUCAGUAGAAGGGCCUAAAAUAUAUUCCAGUGCAGACAUCACUAGAUAUAUAGAUGGUACAAAACAAUGUAUUAAUCAUGUGCACAAAAUGAUCUGAAAAUAUUUGAUUGGAUUGUAAUGUUAACUGCAGAAUUUCCUGCAAAUAUCUCUAAAAAUAUUGUUCACUCAUUUGAUUUGAAAUUCUGAACUAAAGCUAAAUAUAAAUAGUGAUGAUUUGAUUCUGCAGUAAAUUUUCCAGUUCUGAAUUUUGUUCACUAUGGACAGUUAACAUAGUAAAUAAGGAAUAAGUAAUGAUCCAGGUUUUGGAAUAUUGGAAAUUGUGAUUAAUGUCCAAAAUAAUAUUCUGUGACUGAAAUAAAUGUAACAUCUCAUGCUGCCUCUUUCUUGAAGAUUUGCAACUUGUACAGAUGAGCAGACUUCAGUCUGUAGACUCAUUAAAUCUUGACCUAUUGAAAUGAUCAAUAGAGAUAUCAGUGAUGACAAAUGAAAGGACACCUGUCACUUAACAAAGUUGUUGGCCUUUCCUUUCAGCUUCAGGCUGGGUUUCAGUACUGUUGUUACCCUGGUAGAUGACCUAUGCUGUUGCAGAGAUCUGGGUACCAUGAAUAUUUAUCUCCCCCCCCCCCAAUCUUUCAGUUGACUUUGAUACCAUUGAUUAUGGAUGUUGCUGGGAGGUUCAAGAAGGUGAACCUGGGGAACUGUUCUUCUGUUUAGCAGCUUAAUUGUUGUAGGGUCCUUCCAGGAUCCACACUGUCUCCAGGGUGAUAAUAUAUACAAGAAUCAUCAGAGUGAGAUCAGCCCCAAUAGGCAUAUGGUACACACUUCCGUUUAUGUCUUCCAUCUUAAUGACAUGAUUCUUCAGCUUUACUGGGCACUUGCCUAGGGUCAAUAAUGCACUGAUUAAAUCCAGUCAAGUUGCUCAUAGUCAAUAUUUCUCUGAAAUGAAGUGAGACGAGUAACUAUCAGGGACAUAGGGACCAUGACCUACAGGCUGAGGUCCCUUUAGCCCCCACCAAUAAAAUAUUUGAGGGAGGCGGGUCCCUGAAGGUUGAUUGGCAUUGCCAUUCAAAUGGUGUGCAUGUGCCAUGUCAUGUGAUCAGUUAUGCAGGAUGGGGCUUACCUGGACCCCCUCAAUAUUUUAUUCAAGUUGACACCUGUGAUCAGGGAGGGUGUCUUUUUAGUAGUGGCAACCCAGGUAGAGAGCUCUUCCCAGGGAUGUGUGUGUGUGGUGUCAAGCUUGUGGUCUUUUCAGUAUAGUGUGAAGACUUUGCUGCUUAUUGAGCUUAAUGGCAAUUAAUAUUGAUUGGUCAGACUAUCUACAUAUUUUGACUUUUAAAAAACAAAAUAUUGAACUUGUUAGGAUUCACCUGCUUAUCUCUCAGUAUGAUAUAUGAGGGACUCCAUUCUCCUGUACAGACUUGCAGUUACUGCAGUAUAGUCACUCACUGCAGUCUGCAGAUGGAACCCUCCUGAUUGUACCAUGAACCACAGAGAUCCAAUUGCUGGUUGUGCAAGGAAAUCCUUCUCUUUUGUGGCACCUACCACAUGAAAUGUUCUUCUCACUGAAAUCAGGGAAAUGCCAACCUUGGGGUGUUUCUGCCACUGAUUUGAAGACAUAUCUGUUCAUCUUUUCCCUGACCCUUAAUAUUACUAAUACUGGUCAUUGGGAUGAUUGUACUGAUUAUUUUUAUUGGAUUUGAUGCAUUUUAUUAUUGUGCGAGCUGCUUUGGUAUUUCUUUCUGGAAUAGAAAUGUUUUAAUAAACAACCUGAAAAAUCUACCUGCAAUGCCCUUCUGCAUUCUACAGAGGAAAAACCCAUCUCUGUGCAAAAGAAUAUGUGAACACAAAUCUGACACCAGAAAUGACAUUAUGGGGGGCAUUUCUGUAAAUGACCUCAAAGUGCCCAUCCUAAAGCAAAGGGACUUCAGAGGCAGAAUAGUUUUCCAGUGCCAGAAUUUCUGUCAUCAUCUACACUUUGUGAAUUACCACUGUCAAGUAUGUAAUGGUCACUGUCUAUGUUUUCUGCAUUUCAUUUUCCUUUGACCUCAGUUUUUACAGUCCCUCUCAAUGUGGUAUAUGCGUGUAAAUAUGUGUGUAUCUACCUGUAACUUGAAGUAACACUUCAUAUGUUUGAUGAGGUGGACUAAAGACAACAAAUACUUAUGCCGGAACCACAAAAGACUAACACAGCUGUUACUUGGGAAAUGGUUAGAAUUCUACUGAUAUUUGAUACUUCAUUGUUUGUAAGCUGCCUCAUAGACCAAAUGGUAGAAAGGCAGAAUAUUUUGCUGCCCUCAAAAAUAGAAAUGCUUUUGUAAAUAAAUACAGUGCCAAAAUGUAGUUCAAUGAUGACUGCUUAGCUGCCCUGAUUGAGAUGAUGCUUAAAUCAGAAGCCGCUUGUGUUUGUGAAUUACUGUUUUCUGAUACAGAAAUUAACAUACAUGACAUUUUGUUUUAUAUGGAAACUAAUCUGCCAAUAAUAAAUAAAUUCUGGUCAGAAAGCCACUUAAGUGGUUACUGGAUGAAGAGAAAGUGGGAGUAAAGAAAUUCUUUAAUAAGCCAUCAUAAAGUAAACUUCUUGAAAAGCAACAUAAUUUAUUUUCUCUUAUUAAACAUGUUGCUAUAAAUAGUACUGGGUGUUUUCUGGGUGUUCAGUUUUGUAGCAAACAGUAAAAUUUCUGACAUGUACAAGUUGCGUGAAUCUGCUUCUACUUUUCAUAAUACAUUUUAUUAAGCAUUCAUGCUCCACUGAAAAUUUAAUAUGGCAAGCAUUCAGGAAUCAUGGAUUUUUAUCAGGCAUUGCCCACCACAUUAAAACUUACCUUCAAAAUAUAUGGGCUAGAAACUUAGGUCACAUCCACAACUUACAUUUAAAGCUCUUAUACUGUUAUAAGGGUAAUGGAGAAUCCUGGGAACUGAAGUUUGCUCAGGGUGCUGGUAAUUGCAGGUCUGUGAGGUCAACACCCUAAAACAAACUACAUUUCCUAGGAUUCUUUGCAGGAAGUCAUGGCUGUUAAAUUGAUAUGAGUGCUUUAUAGUGAGGGUGUGACCUUGUUCUUUUAGAAUUAAAAGCAUUGGAGAAUGUAACAUAUGGUUGACUUCAAUUGCAAGUGUAAGUAUGCUUUGCCCUCUAUCACUAGCCAGAAGAGUGAGGACCACUGGGAGGUUGUACCCCCUCCAUCCCAGAGCACCAUGGCAAAGGGAAGACUAGCCUGGCCCUAGCCAUCAGCCAUAUUUUCUUUCCAUCUCCCUAAUGGAAAUAACUCUGCACCAACCACGAGGGCCUGUGACUGCAGUUGUAUGAAGAAGAUGACACUGGCUUCCCUCACUUACCAGAGCACUAAGGACCAUUGAGUAGUUUCACAGGUUCUAUUCCAGCCAGAAUAUUCACAAGGGAAGGCCAGUGAUUAUAUGUGUUAAAAUUUCACCUCUUCAUUCUGGCAGUAUCAAACUGUUGAUUUUCCUCAACCCUUUUCUUUUAGUCCCUUCUGCAUGUGUGUCUCUUCCUUUGUAAAACUAAGGGUAGGGCCUGUGAAUUCUUUCAUUUGUGCACAGUGCUUACCACCACAUGCAUUGUCCGAUAUGAGCCUUUUUGUAGCCAUUUUUGAGAAGCAGGAUUAAGAGCAUAAAGCCUGACUAUGUAGCAACAAAAAACACAAAAGUCCACUUUAGACUGUUUAUUUCAUUGGAUGGUUUCUUGUGUGAAUACAACUGAUGUUUUGUAAACCAUGUUUCAUUUAAUACAACACUGAUUUUUAAAAAUAAAAGACAAUCCUAGAAAAUCAAUACAUUAAAGGGCGUGUAUAGCAUAGAUGCGGGACGCGGGUGGUGCUGUGGGUAAAACCUCAGCGCCUAGGGCUUGCCGAUCGCAUGGUCGGCGGUUCAAAUCCCCGCGGCAGGGUGAGCUCCCAUCUUUCGGUCCCAGCUCCUGCCCACCUAGCAGUUCGAAAGCACUCCUAAGUGCAAGCAGAUAAAUAGGUACCGCUUUAUAGCGGGAAGGUAAACGGUGUUUCCGUGUGCUGCGCUGGUGCUGGCUCGCCAGAGCAGCUUCGUCACGCUGGCCACGUGACCAGGAAGUGUCUCCGGACAGCGCUGGCCCCUGGCCUCUUAAGUGAGAUGGGCGCACAACCCUAGAGUCGGACACGACUGGCCCAUACGGGCAGGGGUACCUUUACCUUUUAUAGCAUAGAUAUGUAUAUGGUCCACUGGAUGACUUUUGAAUUUUUUCUGUAUACACAGCCUAUGAAAUAACUGGGUAAAGUUGAUGAUGAUGAGUGUAGUUUCAACUACACUCUUUACAUAAAUAGAUGGUAGAAGGAUUUGGCAGAUAGAGAAAACACUGCUUCUCAUCCUCUUAAAGUUCUCUAAAUGUUUACUUCUCACAUGCUGCUCAGGUGGUUCUACUAUUGAAUAAAUGAAAAACAAGCAAAUGCACUCUUCUAUACAGUUAUUUCCAUUUGUACAGCUUGAACUCUAAAGGAUCACAAAUAAAAAUGAACUAAAUACCUUGGAUUAUUUAUGUGAGUUUUUCUCUUUUCAGUAAGAAAAUUACCCAGCAAAUGGUAAUAUAAAAUGUUGAGUUCCUGCUGGUUGAGUAUAGUUCACUUCUACAUUGGACAUUCUAAUGCAGCAAUUAUAUACCUCAUUUUAUGCCAUUUUUAAAAAACGCUUUCCUUACCAGACAUGGAAAAUAAUUGACAGAUUUGGUGCUAGCAAUACCUCUAGAGUAAGCAAAAACACUACAGGAGACCUGUACACUCACCCACCCCUUUAGGCAUGUUGUUCUUCCUAAAAUGACUUUCAGGUACACCAGAACUGUAUUGCAGUUGGAAACAGUUAGUGAAAAGUAUGUAACAUCUGUUUAAAACAGAGCUGAAAAUGUAAAUGCAGUGUGUUGAACAAAUGCAAAGACUUCACUCCUAAAAGCUGAAUUCCCUUAAGUAACUUGGAGAUCUCUUAUGGCCUUCUUUGAUAAGGAAAGCAACAUAGGGCUCAUCUACGCUUCUGCUUGUGCUGUUCCUAGAAAGCACGGGUCUGAGUGGUUUUCCCCUUGCCCCACUCCUUUCCAACUGACAGAAAAGAAGUAGGCCUUCCCUCAAACGACCUUCAGUGUAUCAUUCUCAUGACACCAUCUGUGUGGCUGUACCAUAUUACAUCUUAUUCAUGCAGUCUUUCUGGCCUCAUCUUACUGUCCCAUCAGAAUGCUUCUAUUCUGCAGGCAUUUGACAUACCUGAUUAAUGAAUUUAAUAUGGCAAACCCUUGUUUUAGAUUACUUUUAUCUGCUAUGUCAGCCUUUUUAGCUGUUCUUACAUUUACGUAUCUGAAAGCUAUCUUGAGUCCCUGUUAAGGAACAACAACAACAACGUUGCUGCUGCUGCUGCUAUAUUGGUUUGUGGUAGUGGUAGGUUUGAUUUUUCCUGUUUUUACCUAUUGUGUACUGCCUUUACAACAGCAAAUGCAUUGGAAGGGCAGGUUAGAGUUUUCCUAGCACUGAGAGAUGCUGAGGAGAAACUCAGGAGCUGGAAAUGGAACAAGACAGUUUCAUACCUGAAAAACAGUAGUAAUAAAAUAAAUACCUAAAUAGUAUCCUUCAACAUGUGCCGCUCCUUCCUCCUUGUUAGGAAUUCCUUGGUAGCUAAGUUAUACAAAUGUUGUAUUUGCUUAAAUAGCAGGUACAGCUUCAUUUUGUAUGAUGGGAUUCAAUUAACCCACUAAUAUGUCUGUCAGGAUCAUAUAAGUAUGUGGAAAUGGUACUGUAGCAAUUAUGGAAUGAAGAAAUAACCAACCUUAUUUUUAGAUUUUAAAAACUAACAAAAGCCAACUAGACAAAAGACAUCUGCGAGAAUUUCCUUUCGUAAAACAGUUAUCAUAUUUACACACUUGUCAAUAUUAAAAGAUGAAAGAUUUAUACGAUCUGUAGGGGGGAGGGGGGUUAUUGGUUUAUUUUAUUUUUGUUCAUUUUAAAAAUGUAUUUUGUGUAUUUAAUCUUUUUUUUUAUGCUGUGAACCACCCAAAGAUCUAUGGAUGUAGUGUACAGAUUGAGUAAAUCAUAGUGUGGCCACCCCUGAUCUAUCAAAUAGCAUUCCUGUUAAGAUAUGACAGGUGUCCACUAUCUGUACUUUCGAGAAACCAUUAAUGACAUUUUUGUUCUGAUAGGUUUAUCCAGGUGGAUAAUGGGUCUUUACUACAAGUGUUUACUUGUUAGGAUUUUAGUAUUCUUUUAAAUGUAUUUGUUUUUGGUGUUUUAAACAGUUUUUAAUUUUCUUAUGUGUAAAUCACAUUGAGACAGUUAUUUAGAAGGCUAUUAAAAAAUUAAUUGUAAUAAUAAUAACAUGCCUAUUCUUUUGUAGGCUCUUCAGUGAUUCUCAUUAAUCUGAAGCUCCUUGCCACAACACUUUCUAACUUGGCACUAUGCAUCCUGAUCCUGGACCUUUACAAGAACUACUUUUUCUUAUAGUUACCAUUUGCUUCUCAACUACAGCUUCAGGUAAGUUCGCCUUCCUAAACUGUCAUAUAUACCAAAUGUUCUCCUCCAGACAUUUUGGUGGUUGAUCUCUAUUGCCAUGCCCCUAUAUCAUGUGCUCCUCACUUGGGCACAGCCUAACCAUUCGAAUAGCCGACCUUCUGAUCGGCAAGCCCUAGGCUCUGUGGUUUAACCCACAGUGCCACCCGCGUGGAUACAUCCCAUCAAAGACUGCCCACUAAUAUGGAUUAUUAGAGAGAUACAGUAUACUUACAAGAAGCAGAAAAAGUGAACCACACAUGGGUGGAGCUGUUCAUAUCAAUGAUACAGACUGAUAAAUUGGAUCAGAAAGACCUUCCUGGAUAUAAGUACCUGAAGUGUCUGUUAAUAUCUGAUAAUCAAGCCAAAAUAUUAUACUACUUUCUGUAUUUAAAACUGAGUUUUUAAAAAUCAGUCUAAGGAUUUAGAAUUAAACUUGAUGAUACAACUUGAUGAUGAUGGUGAUCAGAGGUUGUUGUAUAUUAAAUAGUAUGGCUUCACUGUAAUGAAAGCGGUUUCUGCAUUGUCUAGCACUGUACUUGAUUUUGAGAGUGGUAAAAAUGCUCAUAUUGAGCUAAGGUUUAACUUCAAAAUAGUUUUCUGUUCCAAUAUGUAGUGCUUAUGAGUAACGAAUGCAUAAAUAUUCAGGCUAGAUAUAAAUUUAGAAAUAGUAUAAACUGGUCUGUCUUUGUAGGAGAUAGAUUUUAAAAAAUAAAAUUCUAUGGGAUCCCCCCCCAAUGAUGUUGCCUAUCGAAAAUCCUGACACUAUUUUAUAUUCUUUUGAUUGUUGUGUUUUCUAUAUUGUACCUUUAUUACAUAUUUCUUUUGCAUCAAUACGUAUUAAUGUUUUCCACUGCUUUGGGGGCCUUUGCGCUAAACUGCAGUACUGUAUAUAACUUGCAGCAUACCAAAUGUUUAGUUCACAUUUUCGUACAUACUCAAACUGCUAACAGCUAAAGGAAUUGGUUGCACUGAGUGUGUGUGUGUGUCUUUCUUUUCUAGACUUGAUUCCUCACUUUGUUUCUGAGCCACUUUCUACCAUCCAGAAACCUGGUGCAACUGUAAGGCUUCAUUGUACUGCUGAGCCCUCUACAGCUCAUGUAGCUUGGCUGUUCAAUGGAGAGAAAUUACACAAGAAAGUGGAGCAAGUAGACUCACAGCCAGGAUACCUUACAAUCUUCUCCCUUAGCCCUUCAAAUUCUGGUGUAUACCAAUGCGUAGUCAAUAACAGCAUUGGUGCAAUUAUCAGCAGGCCUGCAACAGUAUCUAUUGCCUGUAAGUUAUACUUUUAUUUAUGGUAAAACUGAGCACAUUACCCUUUUAUAACUUCUCCUUUUAUUUUGUCCAUUUUUUUUGUUUGCCACAUCCAUGAAUUUAACGUCUUGGAGGAAUUUAUGUGUCUUUAAACAUGCCUUAUUUGGGACAAAGGGGUGACCUCUGUGUUAGAAGCACAUAGUAAAACAAAAUAUCUAUUUUGUGUUUUUCUCUUGAAGUUAACUUCAUAAUAUAGAAAGAAACUAUUACUAAUUUCUUCCAGUAAAAAUCAGUCCUCAUAUUGCAAUUUAUCAACAUGUUCUAGAAAGGGAGUUUGUGCUAAAUGAAGAAAUCUAUUUGAAGGCCUUUCCAAACACCCCCUAGUUUUUAGGUAGAUGGUGCAAGUUUGCUCAGUUUUACCUGAAUUGAAAGGGGAGGGGAAGAAAAGCUUGUUAAUUCCAUGGGAACUGCCAUAAUUUACAUUAUAAACCAUAAUCAACUGUAAAAAAAUUAGAUUUGCAUGUACAAUCUUAAAUGAAAGUUAAAAAGCCUCAACAAAAUAAUCCCAUGCUUAUAUUUGUCUUUUGAAAACCUUUCCCCCUCUUGUUUUCAAAAGUAUUUCCAACUUGAGGGUGAUUUGGCUUUGGGGGAUCAGAAGUAAGAUGCUUGAAUUGUCUUGUAAGUCUGAGUUAAAGAAUCUCCUUUAUAAAGAUGCUGUGUGUAUGAAGCAUAUCCCAAAUACCCAUAAGAGAAAAGUUUCUCAUAAUUGAGACGGGUAAGUGUUUUUGUAGAGUAUUGACCCAUAGCAGGAUUCCCUUGAGAGCUUAUAAAGGUCAGUUAGCACUGACAAACUCUACUGGUUGCAAUAAAUUGUGAAUAUAUCUAAGUGUACUGUACCACUUGGAGGUGAAAAUGGCAAUGGUGGAGCUACUGGUAGGUGAAUUGGCAUUUAAGUGAACUAGCAGCUCUGUAACAUAAGCUGAGAAUUGUACAAAACAGUGGCCCAGUUCACACAUCACAUUAAACCAUAGUUAAAAGAAACCAGUGUGGAGCAGCAUGUUCAUGCAUGCUGCUGAAGUCAUGGGCACUUCACUUCUUCCUUGCCACUGCAUGUCAUGUUGUUCAAACCCAGUUGUUUUUUCUACAGAGGAGCAAGAUGUGGAAGCCAAGGUUAUUUGGAGAGAAACAAACCACAAGAGUGGGUUCAGAUAACAUGACAUACCAGAUCAUGGCCUAUUUCCCAACAGUACAGCAGGAGCAGGGGAGGAAGAAGACAUCUGUACUCUCAGCAGUAUGCACCAGCAACUCUGCUCAUUCAAACUCAGUCAUAAUUUAUUUUAACAAUGGUUUAAUGUGCUGUGCAAACCUAUGAAAAACCAAUGAAAAGUACAGUAGCACUAUAUUCUACACAUUGUUGAAUUUCCAUUCUGCUAUUCUAAGUAUCUUGCAUUGCAGGAACAAAAUGUACUCUGUUCUUGUUACAUGCCCUUUCUCUUGCACCUGAUUUUAUAACAGUAUCCCACUAAUUCUUGCAUUUUAGCCUUUCCUUUUAGCCUUAUUGCAAUAUAACUGAAAGUUUUUUCUAAUGAUACUUUGAAUGAAUUCAUCCUACCUUUCAUUUAAAAUCGAAAUUCUCUGAUUGCCCAUAUAGCAUUGUUGAGGUCAAAAAGGUUAGAAGAAUUUUUAGAUGGUGCUCUUCAGGAGACAGUCAAUACAGUAACAAUGGAGAUUCAUACUUAGGUAUAUUCAUCCCCAACACAUACGUGUGUGCGUGCACACAGAGAUGAUGAUGAUGAUAAUAAUAAUAAUAAUAAUAAUAAUAUAAUAAUUUAUUAUUUAUACCCCGCCCAUCUGGCUGAGUUUCCCCAGCCACUCUGGGCGGCUUCCAAUCAAGUGUUAAAAACAAUACAGUAUUAAAUAUUAAAAACCUCCCUAAACAGGGCUGCCUUCAGAUGUCUUUUAAAGAGAAGAUAGCUGCUUAUUUCCUUCACAUCUGAAGGGAAGGCGUUCCACAGGGCGGGCGCCGCUACCGAGAAGGCCCUCUGUCUGGUUCCCUGUAACUUCACUUCUCGCAAUGAGGGAACCGCCAGAAGGCCCUCGGCGCUGGAUCUCAGUGUCCGGGCUGAACGAUGGGGGUGGAGCUUGUAGAAAAUAAACUUCAAACUGGGCUGUAUGCUGGAACUUUAAUUUCUGUGCUUAGUAAAGUGGGAGGGGAAGGACACACAUGAACUUAAGGCUUUCCUUCAUUGUUACUUCAUUGACAUUCUCUCCUGAGAAAUAUCCUCUGAUCAGGACUUGAGCACCCCAUUUUUAUUAAACCCAAAACUUUGGAAGUAGAUCCUGCUGUAUUUUCUGAACCUUUAAAGAAAAAACUACAUUUUCUUGUAGAUCUUGAUGAUUUUGAGACCUCAGUGAGGAACACAAUUGUUGCAGAAGAAGGGAAUACUGCUUUAAUCAGUUGCAAGCCACCAAAAAGUAGUCCAGAGGCACAUAUUCGUUUCCGUGUACGAGGGAAAUGGCUGGAACAAUCAACAGGUGAGACUCUGUGUAAUAAAAAGAUAUAAAUGGCUGCAAUACAGUGCACCCUUACCAAAGAAUAAGUCCAAUGGAACUCCAUAGAAUUAACUUCUGGGUAGAUAUAUACUGUAUAUAGAGGGAUGUCACUUUCUGUCUGUUUCCUGACCAUUAGGAAUUGCUACAGUAAUUUGAGGUUUGGUCAUUACAUUAUCUUUCUGUUUCAGUAAACACUGAUUAAUCUGCACACUUGAGUAGAAAAUCAGUCCAUAGCAACUCAAUUAAUAAUAACCCAAUUUUAUCCUAGAAAACUACCUAAUUCUCCCAUCUGGAAAUCUGCAAAUUUUGAAUGUAUCUUCAGAUGACAAAGGAUUCUAUAAGUGUGCAGCAUAUAACCCAGUCACUGAUGAUCUUAAACAUGAACCCAAUGGACAUAAGCUCAUAAUCAGCAGUGAGUAUUGAAUAUGAUAAGACUAAAAUUGUUCCAUGAAAUCAUAGGGCAUAAACCACCAAGGACUACCACUGCAAGUUCCCUUAAUCUCAUACCUUGCACUUUGAAAAGUUCAGUUUAGAGGAAGCCCUGUCAAAGUAUCAGGUACUAUGCACACAACGCAUAACGAGUUUUCCUUAACCAUGGUUAAGCAUUGAAUCUAAAUACCUAAAUUAUUACUAUGGAUGUGAAAACAUAAUUUGGAGUGUGUUUGUAAAUUGUAGUAUUAACCUUUUUUAAGAGUUGCAUCUGCAUCAAGCAGACCAUUGCAAAGGGCCACAACUCAGUGGCAGAGCAUAUACUUUGCCUGAAAAAGUUGGCGUCUCUAGGUAGGACCAAGAAAUGUCCACACCUUGAAACCCUGGAGAGCUGCUGCCAGACAUGAUAAGCAAUACUGAGCUAGAUAAACCAAUAGUCUGGCUUCGUGUAAGGUAGAUUCUUAUGGUUAAAGCAGUUUGCAAGCAGAGAAAUGAACAAAGAAGGCAAAGUGAUAAGCAGAUCUUACUAAUGUGUACUACUUAAGGUUUAGCUUGGCCAUGCAUGGCAAACAUUUGGAAAUUUAACCAGGCUGAAGGGAACAAACUACAAUCAAAUGUUACAUCUUCACUCAGCCUAGGGUCAACAGUCUGUAGUUAUGUUGGCAUGUUUAUAAAACGGUAUAGAAACAUAAUGCCUUGGUGAGAAUGUAGGAAGCCAGAGAGUCUUGAACACCCAAUUGAAAAGAACUCAUGUAUCCUUUCCUCUCAAUUUCUAGGCUCUUCCUCAGACAACUUUCACAUUGUUCAUCCCACCACUUCUCAGACUUUGACAGUACCUCAGCACAAUCCUUUGAUGUUGGAAUGUGUUGUUAGUGGGCUGCCUGUUUCUUAUGUCCAUUGGUAUAAGGAUGACCAAGAUGUACUCACUAAAGGCAGGUGGAGAAUGCUUCACUCUCAUCUUAUGAUAGACUCAAUUAAUACGUCAGAUGCUGGAAAUUACUCCUGUGUGGUGGAUAACAAGUCCGGAGUUGUGAAACAUGUAAACUACAGUAUAAAUGUACUUGGUAAGAUAUGCAGUGGCAAAAUGCUUGAUUGGCGAGUUUUUUUGAAGCAAUAUAUUUAUGGUCCAUGAGACAUGCUAUUGUGAAAUUAACUGAAUGAAAGCAGCAUAUCAUAUGUACAUUUUCUUUUCCAUUCUAGAAUCACCAUCAAUUUCAAAAGGAUUGCAAGAUCACUUAGUGUCCCUGGGUAAAAAUAUACAUCUUUCCUGUGAAAUACAUGGAAACCCGACACCUAACCUCACCUGGUACCAUAAUGCAGCUCCUGUCCAUCUUUCUUCACGGCACUUACCUUCAGGAAACAAGCUGAGAAUUAAUGGUUUCACCAGAGAAGAUUCAGGGUUGUAUCAGUGUUUAGUCAACAAUGGCAUUGGAUUUGUGCAGUCUACUGGGAGACUUCAUUCCCAAGGAGGUAAAAAAAAUAAAUCACAUCAAACACCUUUCUGUUUAUAAACUUCUGCUUUUCUUUUUGACAUCUUUCAGUCUAACAUGAAGAUAGCCUGUUGCUUCCUGGGAUUAUUCUCCUAAAUUGUUCUGAUCAACAAGUUACGCUUUAAAAUGGUAGACCUCAUUUCUUGUGUUGCAAAGUAGUCUGUAGUCCACUGACCAAAUACUAGCCAAUUUUUGAUAGGCCACCUAGUGUGUGAGCUAUGAGAUUGUGACAGACUAAAUUUAUUAGCCUCUUAGUUUUGAUGGUGUUGAGAGUGUUGCUAAUGGUUUUGAUGAUGUUGCCAAUUGAAACUAAAUUCCAGCUGUAGACUUAUAUAUGCAGAAUCUCAAAUAAUGGAAUUCUGAUAAUACUUCUUGCUGAUGUGUCAGUUUAGGGAGCAUAUUUGAAAGCUUUCAGUUUCUUUCUCUUCAGAAUAUUAAAUAUUCUUUUAGUAGAGUAGUUAACAAUCAGAGCACCUGCAUGAGUAGGUUCUGAUGUGUUUGUGGCCCAAAGCAGUCUACUUAGCUUUUAUGUGCAUAGAUGUCCAUAUAUUACCCCCUGGCCCCCUUUAUGACUGUGCUGGCUUCGGGAUAUGCAAGAACAGUACUGUAUUUUAUUAUAAUAUGAGUUUGUAUCUUAUAUUUAUAUUUUUAAUAGACAGAGGCUUCAAGCCAACUAUAACCUCGCUGCCAGCAACCAGCAGAGUAGCAGAAGGUGACACAGUCACACUGUCCUGCAAUGCCACUGGGUUGCCUCCGCCUGUAAUCCGUUGGUACAACAGUCAUGGGCUGAUUACCAGCCAUCCUUCACAGGUGCUUUAUUCAAAAUCACGGAAGUCAUCCUCCCAAGCAAGAACUGGCAACUCCAUUUCAGACAGAACCUACUUCAUCAUGUCUCGCAGUGGAUCAAGCUCCUUAUAUGUUCAGCCUGUUACAUCAGAGCAUGCUGGGAAAUAUACCUGUGAAGCAAUUAACGAAUAUGGGACUGCUCGUUCCGAAGCUUUCCUUACCGUUGGUAAGUGGCAUCCAAGUUGCUGCUCCAAUAGUGUGCAGAUAUUUUGGCUGAAGUACUGUCAGGAUAACUUUUUAUUUUAUUGGAUUUGGACAAAUCAUACAUCUAAUGGAUGGUCAGGAGCAUUUGCCUGUUGCUUCCCAUACAUAUUGUGCAGCUUAUCAUGCUUUGUUUCUGGCCAAGCAAACCCAUGAAUGGAAACCAGGGUUCUUGACUUAACAGUUGUGGUUGGUCUGGUGGAAAUAAACGAUGACUGUUAGUUCAUACAUAAUGCUAAGCCAGGGCUGUGAUUUGUUUCCUCCUGGCAUGGAAAACACAGGAGCAGGGAAGGAGCAAAGUAAGGUAUGACUCACUUGUGUGCCGGUGCCCAGUGCUUGUUCACGUUAAAUCUGAGUUUUAUUUUUAUUUUAUAUUUAAUUAUGCUUUUGUGUGAUGUGCAAACUGGCUCACUGGGCCACAAGAACGUGUCUUUCAUUUUUUUUAGUAAAGAUCAAAAAGCAAAGAAAUAUUUUGUGUUAUAUAGGGCAGGGGUAGCCAAAAUGAUGCCCUUCAGGUGCUGUUGGAUUACAACUUCCAUCACCCCCAGCCAUUGGCUAUUGGCUGGGGCUGAUGGCAGUUGUAAACCAAUAAUAUUUGGAAUCCAUGCAUAUCUCCAGGGCUUUUUUUCAGCCACAACUCACCAGAACUCAGUUCAGGCAUCUCUCAGGUAGACACCAUUGCCCUUAUAAGAGAUUAAGGGAAGCAUUCAUGGAGAGUUCUGGCGCCUCUUUUUCUAGCACUGCAGAUCUCUAACCUUCAACUUCUUUCUGUAGAUUCCUAUGAAGCUAGUACAAAAGCAGAAGAAAUUGCUCCUGUGGAAAUUGCCCAGAGUGAUGAAGGAGAUGGAGAUUAUGAUUCAGAUACGGGCCUUCAAAGUUCAUCUCCAACAGAGAUUCUUACUGAAGAAGUCGCUACAGAAAAAACAUCCAGUGGCAUUUCUCCACCUGAAGCUCCAAUCAUUCUCAGUCCUCCACAGACUCUUAAACCAGAUCAGUACAAUCUGGUAUGGCGCCCUGGAAAAGAUGGUGGUCAGCCAAUUAAUGCCUAUUUUGUGAAAUAUCGCAAGGUACUUAUUCAAAUUGCAUUAUAUUUGAUAAACUUUGCAUUUCCUUUUUUUUGAAAAUUGGAUGAGUUGGACUACCAUCAUUUUUAGUAAUGAACAGGGCUUAUGUUAAACACACACACACACACACACACACACACAGUACAGAACUCUGGUAUUUGAUGAUAAUAUUAGGCCAAAGAGAGAUACAUCCAUCUGGAUAUGUAGGUAGCUAUUUAGGAAUGCAGAGGUUUCAGGUUCUUUUGCUACUGGCAACAUGAAAUAGAGCCUUUGGAGUUUCUAAUUUAACCUCCCAAUUUAAAUACUGCCCAGACGCUUGUGGAGAAAACCCUAGCAAGAUUAGUUAACUCCAUGUCCCAGUGCAUUCAAGUCUCUGCUCCUAAAGCUUGCUCUAGGCUUUGCAGGAAAAGUCAUUAAGAAAACUCUUUCACAUCAGUUACUUGUUUUCACUUUCUUAUAGUGAAAUAACUAAGGUAUUAUAUUUAGACUUGCCUUUCCUGUAUUUAACUGCAGCAGAUUCAGAUAGGGGUUUAUUUGCUCUUAGCCUCUUGUGAUUCCUUUUUGCAGUUGGAUGAUAAUCUCAAUGUUACCAACUGGAAUACAGUUCGUGUCCCUGGAAGCGAAAAUGAACUUUCUCUCUCAGAACUGGAACCUUCCAGUCUCUAUGAAGUCUUGAUGGUAGCCAGAAAUGUGGCCGGUGAAGGCCAGCCUUCCAUGCUUACUUUCCGUACUAGCAAAGGUAAGUAAGCGUGUACUCAAAAUACAUUGCAGUUGAUGGGCUUUUUUCUAAAGUUCCCAUUUGCGGAGACCUAUAAUACCCAUAAAAAAACAAAGAUAGCGGCUGCAGUCUCAUUGGAACUCCAUGUCCAGUAUUUGCUCUGAACCAGGAUUCAGGAAUUGAACAUAGAUCUGCAGUCUGAGUAGAACCCUGAGAUUCUAUGAGUGAUCUUCCAUUCACAGAACAAUGUCAGCACUUGCUGAUAUAAGGGGAGGAAGGUGAUUUUUGCAAAUUUCUCCUCUCCUCUUUAGCACCUAGGAAGAUUUACUCUGGUAGAGUGGGGGUCCCUUGGGAACAGUAUUGAAAGUUGGCUGGCUGGCUGGCUGCAGAAUGAAGGCAGAUUGGCAAAAUCACCUUUCUUGCAUUAUUGGGAGGCUGUGCUCUUUCAUACAUAGAAGGGCACUUUAGGAUCUCUUCACAAUGAGAAUACGCUUUCCUUGGGAACUUCCCAAAGUUCCCUUGAAACAGACUUGCAGAUUUGGGCUGUCCUAUAGCAAAGGCUAAACUGAUAUACCAUCAGUAGCAUGGCAUAUUCAGUUUUAGUGGGAUUUCUGUAGUGUAAAUAUCAUUUAGGUUCAAUAGUAUUGCUGCCUAUUUCCAUGGGGCAGAAAGCUGUUCUCAAAUGGCAUAAAAAUUGUGUGGGACGUGUGUGAUUAUAAACCUUUACUACUUGGUUCAAAACAUGCCAAAGGAGAGGAUAUUGACUGACUAGCAAGGUUUCUUCCACUCACUGAGCACAUAAUUCUCUUUUAGAAAGAACCUCCUCCUCAAAAAAUACACAGGCUCCCUCUCAACCAGUUGGUAUUCCUAAGCACUCUGUCAUUCAAGAAGGGGCAACCAACAAUUUUGGAGUGGUCCUUCCAGAUUCAUCUCGACAUAGUGGAGGUAGGUGUUACCAUUCAGAUUUUUGUCUGUGCAUUUUAUACUGCAGCAUACAUUAUGGUUUGGGGUGUGGGUGUGGGUGUAAACCCUCCUGAAUGUUCUCUGGCUGUUCAUCUGAUUUUCAGGUCAUUUAUGUGUAAGUGUUCAAUUUGUGACUUUUCUGACUGAGCACUAAACUAUUUGUGGAAUUGGGAAGGACCCGUAGCUCAUUGCAGAAUGCAUGCUUUGCAAGAAGAGGAUCCAAAUUCAAUCCCUGGCAUCUUCAGUUAAAACAAAAAUCUGGUAGCAGAUUAUGAAAGACUGAGAACCUGGAAAAUUGUCACUGCUCAGUGUGGGCAGUACUGGGCUAGAUGUUCAAUAGUCUGAUGUGAUAUAAGGCAGCUUCUACAUCGAGUUAAAAAUCUUGGGUAGCAGUGCUGGGUAAGACCUCUGCUUUUGGGAGAGUGCUUCCAGUCAGAGUAAAUUGCAGUGGGCUAGAUUGGGGUAGAGAACCUCUGGUCUGUGGAGCUUUGCCAAACCACAUCCACUUGCCCCAAACCUGACAUCAUAUGUGAUGUGAGGUGCCAGGCAGAUAGAGAUGUGACUGAAUCCUGCAGCUGGAAAGCAAUAUCUAAUCUGCCAAUUAGUCGACCCCCACCUUGUGGACCAACUUUGACAGAGUAUACACAUUAUAAUGUCAUCAGAUGAUAUACAUUGGUCCCCCUGAUUCAUCAGAGUUUGUUCAAGAAUGAACUCUCUGUGCAUCAGCUGAGGUGUGGGGAUUCAGGAACUUGAUUCCCAGGGGGAACUCUCUGGUGCAUCCAAACCUUCUAGAAAGUAGGACUCUUCACUCAUUACAUGAUUUAUUUACCCUCAUGAUUUCCUAUAUGAUUUGUUGUGUAAUGAAGAGGGUUCCAAUGUAUAAUCAAAAUGUUUUAUUUGUGUUGGUCUUUGGGUUGCAUGUUGAGAUGGUAGGAUUAAUGGAAUUUAUAAUUAGUGAGAGAUGUCCUACUCAUUUACUAAAAAAUGAGUCCAAUGUAUGUUCCACCACUUUUGUCAAGUUGCUAAAUUUUACAGAAUAAUUUAACGUUUCAUGGUUAAAUUGAUGUGAAACAACAUAGUCAAGUGCCGGCGCUUGCAUGUGUUGUCUGUCCUAUGUGGUAGAAGAUGACAAGCUGGAAAAUAGCCUUAAGAAUAUAUAACCUUUUCAUGGUUAAACUAUGUAUCUUCCUCUUCCAAAUUAUAUCCCAUUUCUCUAUGCUGUACUCUAUGUAGUUUAAGUGUAUGAACCAAUAAAGUAAAGACUGAAGGAUAUGUCUGCCAGAAUGGUUAUAAUCACACUUACUAACACCACCUCUCUCCAUUCUUUCUGUUCCCACUGCUGUCUAACUUCAAGUGAGUUCAGUAAGUAUUAAUAUAAUCUGCAUGGUUUUGAAUGCUAGCUAACUUGUUUCUAAGAGGUUUUAAAGCUUCUUGAUACUUAUGAAGGCUUUAUUCUUAUAGUUACUGUAUCUAGGAAUUUCAGUUUAGAUUGUAGGCUUUCUGUUCUGCAAAUGGUGAGGUUUCUGUGCAGUACGUUCAUUUCAGUUUGGUACCAAGUAGUAGUGACACAGCAGAUCACCCUGUCUAUUUCUGUGGUUGUGAAUUAAGCUAUGCAAUUCUCUUGGUUUCUGAUGAUGUGCUAAUACUUCAGGACUGGUGUGCGCUGACAUAAUACAGUGUUCUUGCAUAACGUAGACUGUGUACAAUAGACUACAUUGCCAAAUUAGCUUUUUUUCCCCCCUAAGAAGCUUUAAUUAUCUCCAUAUUUGAAAACUGAAAUGAUCUUCCAUGUUUGCAUUUCAGAAAGGAUUUUCUGGGCUUAAGACUAAUGCACAUUUGAGUAUGUUCUUUCUCACUUGACUGAAACACAUUAUUAAAUGAAAUCUGGGUAGAGAAAUCAAGUGCUUCUAGCUAUUCUAAAUCUUUAUGAAGCCUUCUCAAUUUCCUAUUUCAGUACCUGAGGCACCAGAUCGACCUACUAUUUCCACAGCAUCAGAGACUUCUGUUUAUGUCACUUGGAUCCCACGUGCCAAUGGUGGAUCACCCAUCACUGCCUUUAAAGUAGAAUAUAAACGCAUGAACAGGAACAGUGAGUGGCUGGUUGCUGCUGAUAACAUCUCCCCUUCCAAACUUUCAGUGGAAGUUGGCAGUUUGGAUCCAGGUAUUAAUAUGCAUUUUUUGUUCAAGAGAGAUCACAAUCAGUAUUAUGCGUUUCUGCAUUUGCGCUGUAGCCAAGUUAAAAUCCUGUUAAACUAUAAGAUGUUGCUUUUAAUGUCACCAAUGCUAUAUAAGAUUCAGGGGAAUUAGCAGUCCUUGUGUCUUAACUAUCACAAACUUUUUUAGUCAAGCAUCUGAAUAGCAUUUUCAAAAUAAGCAUGAGAAUAAGUCACUGACCAGCUUUUACUUUGCUAACUUGGUAUAGAGAGCAGGCAUGUGCUCACAUCUUGCCAUAUCUUUUCUGGUGGAAAAUAACAUCUCAUCCAGUAUUUGGCUAGAUUGGAUCUUUCUAUCAGGAAGGGAUGUCCCGCAUAGUAAGUGAGAAAAAUAGUAUAAGAUAACCUUACAACAAGGGUCAUUUGGAUCUUUCUGUUCUAUGUUUCUAGAAUGCUGGGUUUUAUCUUUUCAUCUAAUGUUCAGUUCUCUCUUUUUUUGCCAUAUGAAAGGAGCUGCAUAUAAGUUUCGUGUGAUUGCUAUUAAUAACUACGGGGAGAGCCCACGAAGUUCUGCCUCUCGGCCUUAUCAGGUAGCUGGCUUUACCAAUCGGUUUUCCAACCGACCCGUCACAGGACCACACAUUGCUUACACUGAGGCGGUCAGCGACACUCAGAUCAUGUUAAAGUGGACUGUAAGUAUCAAUUUAUGUGCACCAUGAAAAAAAUUGAUUUUGCUUGCAUCUCACGUUAGAUCAAAUGUCUGUUCUGUAAAGCAACAAAUCAGUGGAUUAUACUAAACUGACCUUUUGGGAACCAAAAGCUGUAUAUGAAAAGCAGUGAGCACUUGAAAUGCACAGUAUAAAUGCUGAGUAUGUGCAGUCAGUAUUAGCAACCAGUAUUGCACUCAGGAAAAUGCCUUGGUGAACAUGUACUUUUAAAAACUUGCAUCAAAACAUAAUAUAGAUAGUGCCUACUGUAGCUCUGUAGGGAGGCUGUUCCACAUAGUAGGUGCUACCGUCACAACAGCCCUUUUCCUGGUGGUCUGGAGGCUGGAAGGAUGCAUAAGAGAGCUCAUCUCAUUGCAUGGACAAGUCUAUAUGGGAGGAAGCAUUCCUUUGUGUAACCCGGUUCCAAGUUGUUUAAGGUUUUAUAAAUUGCAGUAGACCCUUAAACUUUGUUUAAUAGCAAACUGAAAGCCAGUGCAGUUUCUUCAAGUGGGAUGUUACAUGCCCACAGUAUGGUGCUCCACUGAGCAACCAAGUUACCACAUUGUACACCAGCUGCAACUUUCGAAACAGUCUUCAGAGCAGCCCCACAUUGAAUACAUUAUAUUACUGCAAUUUCAAAAUUUCCAAGGCAUGGGUCACUGGCUUAGGUUGUGCCUUUCUAAGAACAGUCAUAGCUGACAUACCAGCCAGAGCUAUAAAAAGGCAUUCAUAGCCAUGGAGCCUACUUGAGUCGCCAGUGACAAUGAUAGAUUCAGGUAUAACCCAGACUAGAUACCUAUUCCUUUAGACAAAAGCAGCCCCAUCCCGAACAUGCAACUCUCCUGUUUCCCAGAACCAGGAACCACUUACCCACAGGGCCUCAGCUUUAGUUUAUUGAUCCUCAUCCAGCCCACUACUGCAUCCAGGCAUUGAUCCAGGACCUAAACAGUUACACCUGAUUCAGAUAUUACAGAGAACUGGAGCACAGUAUCACCAUCAUACUGAGGACGCAGUGUGCCAGAUAGCCUAAUAACCUCUCCCAACAGCUUCAUGCAUUGAUGUUAAAUACCAGAUGCUAGGGGCCUGAGGAACAGUUAUCCAGUGCCACUCACUGAAUUUGACUCCACAGGUAGAACAAAACAGUGCAUCCCACACCCAAGUCAUGGUGUCAAUUUAGGCUGAUACCAUAUAGCUGAUAAUAUCAAAGGGUUGUGUAAAGGCAAUAGGGUCACAUUACUCCUGCCCUUCUCCUGAUAAAGGUCAUCCCUCAAGGUGACCAAAGCUAAUUUGGUCUGAACCCAGAAUGGAAUGGUUCCAGAUUAUAAAAACCUUUAAACAAUAAUGAGAGUAUAGCUUUAGCUAAAAUUCUAGAACUGUAUUCACAAAAUACUUCUCACUGUUUUAAAGCCCACUUUUGUUCUGAUUUCUCUUCCCACAUUACAUUAACAUUGUCUUUCAGCCCCUGCCCCAGGAAAAUAUAUCCCUUGUUGACUGUGGUUCUGGAAUUUUAGUUGUUUUAAUAUCUCUUUUCCAGUAUAUCACUUCGAGCAACAACAACACACCCAUCCAAGGAUUUUAUAUUUAUUACCGGCCAACAGAUAGUGACAAUGAUAGUGAUUACAAGAGGGAUGUUGUGGAAGGUAAGAUACAUUACUCUGAUUAUGCAAGGAAUUGCUCCAGUUACAGUACUUCUUAUUCCCCCCUCUAAAGCAUCAACCCAAAUGCUGUUCUAAUGUAAAGAAAACAUAACAAAGACAUAAAAAAAAGACAUCACAGAAAUAGACAACUCUCUACUAUAGACUAAGGGACUGUGCUCUUUGUAACAUUUAAGAAAGCCAAAGUGUAAUGUGUGUGGGGGGGUGAGAACCCUUUCUGAUUCUUGUGAACUAGAGUUGAGGCACUAGAAUAAACAUGUUUUCAAUCAGUGUCUUGUACCAGAUGGUCAGUAGCUUCUCUGCUAGAGGAACUUUCACUAGUACACUCCAGAAUUGCAUUUGCCUCUGUUGCAGCCACACCAAACUAAUGGUUAAUAGUUGUUUGUAACAAAUAUCUCUUCCUCCCUGUGUCACUAUCUGCCAGAUCUUGAACCCUUGUCACAGAAAUUGCAGUGGGGACUAUAUUUGUGGAGUAUUAGUUCUCAUAAUAAAUUUCGCACUUGAUCCAUAAAUCUCAUUAUGGUCUAACAGGAUUGUGUGGAAGCUGUUCAUGUGAAUGAAAGAUCCUUCACUUUUUGAAUUCAGUGUCCCAUUACUAUAAAGAUGCCAUGUUGUUAACUUUUAGGUUACAAAUUUGAGAUAAGCUGCAAAAUUUUCUAUACUGCAAUUGUUCUUUUAUUUAAUUCAAGUUAAUAAAUGUGCUUGAAGCUGGAAAAGAACUGGCUUCUCAGAUUUAGUCUCAUAACACUAAUAUAUAAGCAGCUGAUUUUAUUGGAUGGAUUUUGGUCCAUUUGUAGGUCUUAAUUUUUAUGAACUGUAGAGUGGGAAAGUAUAUAAACCAAUUACAUUCGUUAACGCAGGAACAGGCAUUUGGUUGAGCACUGACAACUACAGAAUUCUCCUGAUAACACCUGUUAGUGCAUCUAUGAGCUCUUAAAAUUAUUUUAUGUAAGAUUAAACCUGUUCUCACAAUUGCAUAGAAUGGCUAUGGCUGCCACAAGUUGCCAUGCUUGAAUCUAUUACUAUAUUAAUAUUGCUCUACAAUGCUACAGGGCUGCUAAACACCUAUGUAAUGAGUGUAGUUAACUGAGAGGUUAAACUAUUACCUUGGAAGAAGUUCAGUGUUUCACUUGUAGCCUUUCUGGUAGACAGAAUUUGUGUUUAUAAAUGUUUAAGUGAGCUCCGCUGUGCUGUGAAAUUUGCUUGUUCCUGAUUUUCAGGUUUAUGCAUUCUGAAAUCUUAAUGGAAGCCUGAAACCACUAGCAGCUGCUCUGCUGUGCCAAAGCUUGAACAGAAAUUUGCACAGUGGUAGAAAUGUUAUACAUCAAACUUUUCUUUACUACAUUAUAUAGCCACAACUACUUAUUGAUUUAAAUAUUCAAAUUAGCCUUAGUUAUGUAGGAAAAUAUAGAGAGGGGAAUCUCUUGUGCAUGCAUUUUGGAUCACUGCAGCUGCAUUGUAUUUUUCUUUUUCUUUUUUUGUACCUUUCAUAAGUAAAUUUCAACACAGGAUUUUCAAUUCCAAACAGUAGUAAAGUUUUUGCAAUGGUUGUGACUUCAUUAGUAGCCCGAGGUUUCAUUUCAUGAUCAGUCUUGUCUUUCUGAGAUUGUCUCAAAACUUUGAUGCCUUUUCUGUAUAUGUUGCCACGUGCUAGCUUGAUUUUAUUUUUAAAGUUCCUGAUGUUUGCAUUUGGUUCUUCAUUAUGUAGUCAGUAGUUUUUGUCUUUCUGCUUGUUCAACAAAAGCACCACCAAAUCUUCUGUUGUCUCCUGUGCUGAAAUUUUGCAUUCCAUACUUGGUUCAUGGAAAUAGUGUCAAAAACUCAAGGUGAAUUCAGAUAACAGUUGCUUACAUUUUCCUUGCUUCAAUAUAUGGGAACAGAGUUAAAAUAUUUGUACUGAUUCCAAUUCUAGUAAACGUUUGAAGGGAAAAUCUAAAGCCUGAUGUAAUUACUAAAAGGAUGCUUGAGGUGUAAUGAGAAGAUGGAGCUUAGAAAGAUUUGAAAAACUGAGUUCCUGGGGAAAAGCUAGUCUGCUGCUUCAGCCUGUAUUCAUUUUUGAGGAUAUAAGCUGCAAACAUAAAUGAACUAUGAUUUGUUUGAAACAGUCACCUCUAAGGCUCUUCAGCAAAGCAGUUAAACACACAGACUUUCAGAUAUUGGCAGGCUAUAUUGUACAACAGUGCUAUUCUCUUGUCGGUUCAGUCUUUCAGUAGGGACAAUAGUUGUAUAUGCAUGUGAUUCACACCUGGAGUGUGAUUUUGAGGGGAAGCAGAAUUACACUGGCUGGCUCAAGCUCUAUGCAUUGAAGCAAAGGUGAAAAUUAGGUGUCUGUGCGUGUACAUGUCUGGAGCCUUCCAUGCAGUUGAGAUCCAUGAUUGAUCAAUGUUUCAGGUUGUGCCGAAGCAUCUGUGCACAUAAAGGCCCAUUUUCACCUUUGUAUGUGGAGAUCAGGGGAAGCACCAACUGAAACGAUUCUGCUUUACUUCCACCUUUCUAAGUGGAGCAAAGAAGAGCAUUGGGUUAUUGUGUAAAUAGCACCCCUACUUGGGUGCUGUUGAAAUACAGUAGCGUCUUGAUACUAUUCUUCCCUGUGAAGGCUGUAGCUUAUAGAUCUGUCUGUGUUCUAGGUGGAAGUAGUUCCAGCAGAAAUAGACCACGAUGUUGACAUUUAAGAAGCAUUAGGCAUAUCUAAACCAUCUUAAUUAUAAUAUAGUGGGUUCCUCUUUAUUAAAACUUGUCAUAAGGGUGAGCAUACAGACUGAAAGUGAUUUAUGAGUACGGAGAAAACACCAGGUGGUGUCUAAACGAAAAAUUGACUUUCAGCCAGACACAGUAAAAUCAUUCUCUUAAAUGAACUUGUUUGGAUUAGAAUUUCCAAUGCUGAAUAUCAAAGGCCUUCUUACCUCAUAUGUUCUCAUAGUACAUAAAAAUUGUCUGCAGCUAAUGCUAGUCAUGCUGUUAGUAAACUACUUACGCUUUCCUCAGGUUCUCUGGAGUAUGUUCUUAGACUUAAGUAUAGAAUUGAGUGGCUUCAAGUCUUUUUGUGAUGUCUACACUUUUUUGCCUUUAAAAAGACACACGCACCCUAAGGUGGCUAGCAGAAUGUUACUCCUUUUAUCAUAUGAUUUGUUGUAUCAACAGAAGACCUACAGACAAAAGUACAGUUUCUCUUUCUACCAGGCUCCUAUCACAUGCUUUAUUUUUUAAAAAGUCAAGUCUUAAUAGCAUGGUGGAAAGUGCUGUGGGAAAACCCCACCUUGCACAGCUGAGUCCUUUACUCACUAUCAAAAUGACAAGCGACACUCAAUAAUUCUCUAAAAGCAAAUUUAAUUUCUUACUUGAGCAGGAAAGGUAACAUCAAGCGAUUAGAAAAGUGAUCAGAGGCUGAAGCCUUAUCUGUUUGCACACAGUUUUUAUACUUAUAGGUUAGACAUGCAAGACUCCCAGUAAUACAAUCUUGCGUGUGAUAGCACCAGCUUAACUGCAUAGACAGAUGCUUCAACAUUUCAGCUAGCUAGGCAUUUUUCUGUUUAUUCCAUUUAAAUGUCAUGGCCUAGCAUGCUCCUAAAACUUCCCUUUACACACCCUCUUGUGGUUUGCUUUUUCACUGUUCCUCGCUUAAGCUUGCAUUUCAGCAUGAUUACAAUGAGAAUACAUGAUUAUGGUGUCAGCCUGCAACAAGAUGGUGUUAGUCUUGCUUAAGCUAUAACAAAGGUGGAGGUGGUUCAUGUUACUCUUUGUAUCAUAUUGUGAUUAGUUGUAUCAACAGCAAGACCUACAGUCAAAAGUACAGUGUCUCUUUCUACCAGGCUCCUAUUGCAUUCUUUAUUUUUUUUUAUUUUUUAAGUCAGAUCUUAAUAGCAUGGUGGAAGGUCAUCAACAAUGGGGCUAGAUGGGGAAAGACAUUCUAUGAUCAUAUCAUGUUGUGAUCCAUGGCUGUCCAUGCACACUGCUUUGUAUUGGCCAAAUUCCAAAGUUUAAAACAACCACUUUCUGCCAAAUAUUUCUUAUUGCAGUUUUAUUUACAUGUCUGAUUCAGACUUUGCCCUUAGGGUUUUAUGUUAAAUAGAUGCUACAUUCCAUCUUUGAGAUGAACAUGUUCAGGAAGGUUGUAGACAUUUUAUUAGUAGUAAAUUACAUUCUUCUUAUAUGCACAUUUGUGUAUGUAAGACUGAUUUUGGCCUGCUAUCUUAGCUCUUAAUUGCAAUGGGUCAUUUAUUUUUUACCUGUUGUCCUCAAAUUGUAAGGACAGUUCCUACAUUUUUUAGCUCGGUUUAUAUUUUCCAAAUUGUGAAACAAACAUGCUACAUGUCUGUAUGUUUUUCUUUCUAGGCACAAAGCAAUGGCACUUGAUAAGUCACCUGCAACCUGAAACAUCUUAUGAUAUUAAAAUGCAGUGCUACAAUGAAGGAGGUGAAAGUGACUACAGCAAUGUGAUGAUCUGUGAGACCAAAGGUGAGCAGGAGCUGUUAUUUUUCUUCUGUCACUAAACCAAUGGCCAUAUAUUUGCUGUUCCCUAAUCUUCAUACUUGGAACGUGGGUGGCACUGUGGUCCAAACCACAGAGCCUAGGGCUUGCUGAUCAGAAGGUCAGCAGUUUGAAUCCCUGCAAUGGGGUAAGCUCCCAUUGUUCAGUUCCAGCUCCCCCCCACCUAGCAGUUCGAAAGCACAUCAAUGUGCAAGUAGAUAAAUAGGUACCGCUCCGGCAGGAAGGUAAAUGGCGUUUCCAUGCGCUGCUCUGGUGCGCCAGAAGCAGCUUAGUCAUGCUGGCCACAUGACCCGGAAGCUGUCUGCGGACAAACGCCGGCUCCCUCGGCCUAUAGAGCGAGAUGAGCGCGCAACCCCUGAGUUGUCCGCGACUGGACCUAACGGUCAGGGGUACCUUUACCUUUACCUUUAAUCUUCAUACUUAUGUAAGAAUUCAUUUCUUUUCAAAUAUUUUUCACAAUAUUUCAGAUGUUUUAGUUAGUUUCUUGACUUCAUGAAAAUAAAUAUUCCAUCUCAGCACACUAUAUGUAAUCUAAUAUGGGCUUUUAGAAAUCACAUGCUACCAUCAAAACCAAACCUCAGUGCUUGAGAGAGCUUCUCAUUCAAUGCAUAAAACUGUGCUAUCUUCCCAUACUUUAUCUCAAUCUAAUGUUCCUGCUUGUUGUUGCUGUAAACAAAACGACGGCUUCAGUUUCUCGGUUCAGAAAGACACGUAGGAUUUAUCAUCAGCUACCCAAUACCCUUGUUGUUCAAUAAAUAAUUUAUUUCUUUUAAAGCAAAUUAUGUUUGAAACUAUGAUCAGUUUUAAAAUAUAAAAUUUUGGGGUACUAGUAAGGGUAGAAGAAGGAUCUUUAAUAAAUUUUACGCACACCUGUCCCAGAAUGUAUUGGUAUGUGUUCAUUUCAAGCCAUCCAUAAGCAUUGAUAUUUGACAACAAAAAUGGGCCCAUUAUCUUUUUUUGUCAACUACUUUACAUUCUGGUAAUGUUCAUUAUUCCUAUGUGUGAAAGUAGCUAAAGCAGUGACACAUGUGUGGAUUUGAGGGUAAACAAAUUCCAAAACAAAUAUAUAUUAUCGAGUAACUUAUAAUAAAAAAUGUUCUACCAUCAUAUUUUAUGCCAUUUUGAAUUGCAGUAGUUGCAGCUCUUGAUUGACUUAUAGAAUUAAUAACACUUCUGUAGACUUGCUAUUUUAAAUGUGCGUUUUAUCUUAUACUCUCUUCCCUCCAUAUUAGUGAAGCGCACACCUGGAGCAUCAGAAUACCCAGUGAAGGACCUUAGCACACCACCAAAUUCUCCUGAUCGUGGAGUUGGAAGUAAUGCUGGUCAACCAAAUGGUCCUGUCCGAAGCAGUGACAUGUUAUACCUGAUCGUGGGCUGUGUCCUUGGAGUGAUGGUGCUUAUUCUGAUAGCCUUCAUUGCUAUGUGCUUGUGGAAGAAUCGCCAGCAAAUUGCCAUGCAGAGUAGGUUAAUUCUAAUAUUCUUCAUGUCCUCUGCUGGACCAAACCUAAUGAAACAAUAUUGUUGCCAAGUAACCUAACACCACAACAUUUACUAUGAAUUUCAGUUGCUGUUAUGAUCACCACUGAGUAACGGAGGGGAACAAAUUUGAAAAAGUGCUUUAUUCUUAUGAAACAUAGAGAUUAGAGCCUAACUCCGUGCCUUCACUUUCCAUUCCAACUUAGUAAUAGAAAUGUAUUCUAGGAGAACUUUAUAUUUUCACUUUCAAAGGAUAUUGGUAGAUAAAGUUAAUGGCCAACAUACAUAGUUACAGUCUUCUUUGAAAUCUUCAGCUGGGAAAGGGAGAUGCUUCCUCUUCCUACACUUUUGGUAUUCUAAAUGUUCAUAAGGUAUAGCAAUUGUGUCUUGAUCCGGGGAAAAUGUGGGAUAUAAAUAAAUACAAUAAUAAUAGCAAUUUUACUUGGGUCUUAUAACUAUAGAUCUGACAGAACAAUCUAUAUUGCAUUGUUAAGAAUAGUGCUGGUGGGAUAAAAUAAGUGUCUUUAUGCCACAAAAGCUGUCAGAUUCCCCAAACAGUGGUAAAUAUGCAAAACAUGUAAUCUGUGUUAGCCCCUUAAUAAUCAGUGGUGGUAAUCUGCUAUCUGAACUCUGUUAGUCAGAUUGUAACAUGUUUUACAAUUUGUAAAGGGCUUAAGGUUACAAUUUGUAAAGGGCUUAAGGCAUUGUAGUGCUAGGGGUGUAAACUCUACCAUGAACAGCCAGCUAUAAAACAUUUUCAUCUGUAACCUUUUCAGAUAAAAAACAUGUUUAAGAGUUGAAGUGUUAAGCAUUUUCUCCCAAUCCUCACUCUUGCAGAGUAUGACCCUCCUGGUUACCUUUACCAACGUGCUGAUAUCAAUGGGCAAAUGGUUGAGUACACAACAUUACCAGGCACAAGUCGUAUCAAUGGCAGCAUACAUGGAAACUUUAUCAGUAAUGGAAACCAUAAUAAUGGUUGCCUUCACCUCCAUCACAAGGUUCCUAAUGGAACGAAUGGAAUCAUGAAUGGUGCUGUAAAUGGAGGAACUGUUGUUUAUCCAAGGCACACUAAUUCCCUGUCCAGAGCGCACAUGGAAUAUGAACACACCCACCACCUCGGAAAUGUAAGUAAGCCCUAGGUGUUAGAGGUCUGUUUCUUGAACAUAAUACGAAAUGAAAUCUUAGGAAAUGGAAAGCAUUCAGCACUUAACAAAAAUAUGUUGAAAAUUCCACAACAUGGCAUGCUUUUUGAAUCUUAACUUGCUGGAAGUAACCUCAUAGAAGUAUGUUACAUUAAAAUUAAUCAUUUCAGACCCCUACAAGAGAACUGCACAUGUAUUUCAAAUGACAUCUCCAUACAUCUCAAUUAAUUUUAUAUUUUGAAUCUGAAUAUAUGGAUUUGUUUGUAAACUCUAUCCCCACCCAACCCCCUUUUUUACAUAACCCAUGAGCUUUUACUGCACUGUUAGGGGUUAGAAUCUUCAUUUUUAAACAGCAUUUGUAACACCCAAUAUUAAUGUUUUGCUAACCUGGUGAUUACAGAGAGGCUCAAAAAGGUUGGCUAAAAGAUCAAGCAUAGCAAAUAUGCUGUCUUUCAGUUCUCAUCAUUUCUUGUGACUCUGCCAAGUUUUUUCAGAAUAAAGAUGUUAUGCAUGCAUGUGUGAACCUGAUGGGAUGAACAAACACCAUUGAAAAGUUUUGCGUUAGACUUGGUUGAAGAAAGUUGUGCUUUUAGUGAUCUAUUUUUAUAUUAUAUAUGUGCAUGUCAUCAAUGGUGAUUUUUUAUGUGUGAACCAGCAUAUAGAUAGAUAGAGGUAACUUGCAUAAGUGUAGUCUCCCAUGUACUAUUCUGCUUUGUUGGUUUUUUUUGUUCUUGAAGGCUGUCAGCCCAACUUUGAUGAAGGUGCUUGGGUGGAAUUAUUCCUCAGGCAUUCUCAGUUUAGCUCUACGUCACAGUAAUAAUGGCAGUUACACAUUGGAUACCCUUCCACUCACAUUGCUUGGAGAUUUUUGUGAUCUUAUUGGAGACUUCUCACAUUCUUCCAUUAAUUGUGCCAGAACCUUUAGCUUUAUGACCAGGCUGUUACUACAGCCCCAUUUCAGGUUUAACUUUUAAGCAGUGCACUUUAUUACAUUACAGUGUGCCAAAACUUUAGGUUAAUAAAUCAGAAAAUCCCUCCUCCUGGUCCUGCUCUGACACACCAUAAGUCUAUCUGCAUUCUGAAUGCUUGAGACUUGGGUUGAAAUUAUUAAGAAUGAUUGUGAUUAUGCCCAUGUAUUAUGAAAAAAAUAUUCAUUUGUUUCCCCAAGGAAUUAUCUAAAUACUAAUUUUUUUUUAACACUAGUCCUGCUCAAAACGUUUUGAAUAUUUUAUGGGGAAACAAAUAAUGUGUUCAAUUUUUUUGAGUAAGUAUACUUCUGAGGGUAGUGGGGAAUAUAGGACUAGUGUUUGUUUUUGGUAACUGAACACAAGAGCUUCAUUUUAGGGAGAAACAGAUUGCUGCUCAAGCAAGAGUUGCCACUUCAGAUAACCUUGCCUUAUCUUAUUUCUUUUUCCAGCACUCUUAAACUCCUAAGUUCUCAUUCUUUCUAAAAAGCCAACCCAAACACUGAUUUUACAAGUAUCAAAACACAAUUCUAUAAGAAUUCUGUAAGUGAUGGAUAUAUCCAGACUAUGUGAACCUAAACAGAACAAUUGUCUAUUGUCUAUAUAGGGGUAUUCCAGGGACACAAACCUAAAACAGGUGUUAACCAGUUUUCUUUUAGAUGCUUGUCUAAGGCCUGAUUCUCACUUUGACAUUUACAUUCUUAAUAAAAAUACAGUCAUACCUCGGGUUACAGGUUGCGUGUUUUCGGGUUGUGCACCACCCCAAACCUGGAAGUACCAGAACGGUUUAUUCCAGGUUUCGGCACAUGCGCAGAAGCACUAAAUCGCACUUUGCGCAUACACAUAAGUUCCGAAACGCGACCCCCUCGUGCGCAGAUGCGGCGCUGCGGGUUGCGAACGUGCCUUCCGCACGGAUCAUGUUCGCAACCCACUGUAGUACUUUUAAACUAAAUAUGAAAUCUGUAGUUCAGCAUGCAUGCCUAUAAAAUAAUCCAAAGCAAAGGCCUUUUCUUAUUCACUGGUUUUGUUUAUUUCAAAGGGCUGCAUACUGACAUUUAGAGAGAGACACUCUUCAACUUAAUGAGAGCCAUGUGUCUGUUGUACUUGCCCCAUCCAUAAUAUCAAAGUGAGAAUCUGCCUAUAAUAUUCUAAUUUGUCCACUUCAUCUUGAAACAACACACCAGGGCUAAAUUGGAGUAUGAAAUUGGAAUUUUGUGUGGCUAUAUAGUACGUUCUUUUAAGGCCCUCUGACCUACACAGAGAACCAUGAUUUACUGGUGAGCAAAUUUAUUGCGUUGAGCAAAUGUGGCAACUUAGAACUAGUGUACAGGAGGAGUUUUGCUUUGGAUGUCUUCAUAGUCAAAUACUGGACAGAAAGAUUUGUUCAGUAGAGUUUGAGUCUUGGAUGUAAAAUGGUCUUUCACAGUCUUGAGUAGUUAAAUACAGAUUUUUAUUGCCACCUGUACUACCUCAUUUUCAAAUAUUCCUCAAACCUGCAUCUCCCUUGCAUUCAGCAGUGAGGUAUGUGUUAAUCUUAGCAUUUUUAUUUGUAAAGGAUUCUGCAGCCAAAACCAACAAUUCAAAAUCCCUCUCACCCCCAAACCCCAAAUCACUCUUGGCUGGUGAAUUAUUGCAUCUGUGAAAAUAAAGAACAUUUCAAAACUGAGUUUGGUGAAGCAAGCUGAUCUAAUCAGAUUAAUUCCAAGAAAAUCAGUCAGAUGUAUUCAUCAUACUAGCCACAUGUAUAUCUUGUCUCCACAAGCAGACAAAAGUCUGUAUUGGAAAGGAAAUUACUUUCAUGUCUCAUCUGUGUGUGAAGCAUUUUCAGUUUUGUCAAAUUUGAGUUGGGCACUACAGGCUGAAAACAGAGCCAAGGAAAUUACAACAUACGUGGGCAAGCUACAGCUGUUAGUUUUUGCUGUGGCAUACAUGCUGAAAGUUAGGCUUUACAAAACAAAUUUUGCAAUACUGUGCGCUCUGUCUUUUUGAUGAAUGCCAAACUUCAUUACAAAUUAGAAUAGAAUCUGUUGUUGUUGUUAAAUGUAACAGAUGGCAUGCUUAAGGGCUUGAAUUUAUUCUGAUUUGUUAUUCUCUCCCCAUCCCAAACCCCCAAUUUAUCUAGGGUGGUGGUGUAUACACAGCUAUGCCUCAGACAGACCCUUCAGAAUGCGCGAACUGCCGGAACUGUCGGAACAAUAACAGGUAGUAAAUCGGGGAAAGGAGAAUAAAGUGAGCUUUGGGAUUGAGUCUGCUCCAGUUGCUUACUGCACCUAUGCAUUUUAGGGGCUUUCAAAUGGAGGUUGCUUUUUAUCCCUGAUUUUCACAUAAAGACUAUGCAAGAUUUAUUUAUAAAAGCUGUUACGUUUUAUGGAAAUGUGCAUCCUAAGAUGUUGGCACUUUAACAGCAGCUUCCUGGGAUUUCUUGAAUACUUUGAGUCCAGAAACAGGUACCAUAGCAGCUGGUGAUGCUGCCUCAGGAUAAAAAUAAUCUAAUCUUGUGUUCUGUUACCUUGCCAUUGCAAAUGAAUGGGUGAGCUUGCAAAUCUUCUAGGUUUAUUGUUGUUAUCAUACCACUGUGAUUUCAACAUGGGUGUCUCAAACAUCCCAAACAAGGGAUGAAUAUCAUCACCCAGAGGAGCUUCUCUCUGGAUCCUCGUAGCUUAGUUUGUAAGCUAAGCUUCCAAGAGGCAUAGUUCUUUUGCCAUCCAUUCUCUUUUAUCUUCCCCAUCUACCAGCACCUUCCAGUCUUUUCCCAACUGGAACAUCUUUGAGUAGCUUGUUCCCUCUAUGAUAUUGAAUUGGUAUAUGAUAGCCCAGCAGGUGCACGCUGUUUUCUUCCUUUUAUAUUGAAUUAUUACUAUGAAGAGGCCCCAAAAUAAGGCAAAAGUCCCCAAGCUCUGUACAGCAAAACAGAACAAACACAAGAAAUGCGGAUUAUCUGCUCAAUUUGUAUGUUCCAGUUGCAAAAUGGGAGUACUGGAUUGACAGUUUUGAAGUAUGGCAGGUGUUUUAACAGACCUCUUAUCCUUGUAGUGAGGAUGGGGCAUGCAGUUAGGUAAUGAGCUAAGUGCCUCCAAAAAUACAGGAUCUGCAUCUUGCCGCGAGGUAUCUCUGAACCCUUCUCCUGAGACUUCAGAUCAAUGGCAGGCUAAACACCACACCCAAAAAUGUAGCAUCGAGCAAGAGAAUUUCCAGUUUCCACAGAUGCACAAAUAUGUCAUUUCACAUAACGUUUAUAAGAGUCAACAGGAGAAAUGACGCUGUCCAAGAACCAGCCACAAGGUUGGGUGUGGCUCACUGCUUAGCACUGGAUACAUUUGGCUACUUUGGAGUCCUGAAAACAGUUCCAUCUUCAAAUAUAUAGUAUCUAGUUGCCACAAAAGUCAUCCAUCGACACAGAAAAGUGCUCUUAGGAAGCACAAUGACAGGAAAGAACAGCUGUUACAAGCUCAUCAUUUUUAGGCUGAAAGUUUCAUGCUGCAACAGAUAAUUUCAUUAUUCUAAAAGAAGCUAACUGCAUGUGCACAUCAAGAGAAACUGGGUGAUUGGAUAGAGCUAGUAAUAAAGAUAAUCCAAGCAGAGGUUAUAUUGGGUAUAAUAUUAUCAUUGUUAAAUGUUUCCACUUUACUCUUUUGUAAAUGGUGCCAAUCCCCCCCCCCAAGUUUCUUAAGUGACCACGGCAAUAACUAGUUGGCGAAUCAGAGCGCCAUGUAUGCUGCCAAACAUCUCUGCACAUGCACCUGAAUUCUUUGGCUUUCCCAUUUCAACUCCAACUCCCUUAGGUGCACCAGAGGCUGCUCUAGUGAGACUAUCAGAUUUCAAGAGUGACUCUUCGGGGUCCAUGGUGGCAGGAGUGAGAAGUCACAGCUUGUGGGGGGGAGGUUCAGUCAACAUCUCUUUAGUCUUACCCUUGAUUUUUGCAACUUUCCAUUAGCAAACAUUGCACACCGUAGUCAGCGAGAAACCACUGUCUGUCUGCAGGGGACACGUGGAAUGCCCUGGUUGAUUACCAGGGUUAAUUUGGUCUUAUUUUGCACACAGCUGACCCUUUUGGGCCCUUAGAUCAAACAAACUCAACAUUUGAGGAUCAAUGCUAAUGUUUUCCUGGUCAGACUGUUUUAAAUACACCUGGGGUAAUAGUUCUCUUUUACAGAAGAUAAAAAGCACUCCUUGUGUUGGCUGUAUAUUUUGAGCUUAGUGGCUUGUGGAGUAAGGGGAAAACCCUCAUGCAAACAUUUUUAAGUUUGUUCAUCCCAGAAUAUAGCCAGUUUCUUGCCCUUCAGUGUAAAACAAGCGGAAAUUAAAUGGCUUAGUCAGGAGCCAUUCUUAAUUCCUUUGCUGUCAACUUAAGUAAGCACAGCUUCUAAAAUAGAUGAUUGUACUGUAGAACUGUGUAGCAGUUCUGUGGUGUCAGUUUUUCUUAGUAUUGAGUGUGGUGCAGUCAUCCCAGUCUUCUCUAAUCAAAGACUGAUGUAACUAUGAUUCCAGGAUUGCACAAUCCCUACUUAUAGUUGCCUGUGUUUUGAGUCAGUCACGUAUUUAUGUGUUUAUUACUUUAGAUGCACAAAGCAAAUGAUGUUUUAUUUUAAAGAAAAAGUUAUCCCCCAGCAUUCAAGCCAUUCUGCGUUGCAAAUUUUAAAGCAAAUGUACUAUCCUUUCAAAUAGAAUCAGACAAAAAUGUAGUAGUAGAUCUAUGCUGACUAUCAAAAGUCGGAUUUUACAGGUCUUCUGUUAAAAAUACACAAGGAGAGUUAAUUCCAUGAUUAUGGUUAGACCAUAGUGUGCGCAUCAGCAUUUGCCUCUGCUGUCUGCAUUUGUGAUUCUUUUUGGGAAUCUCUGUGAUUCUUGCAAUAGGAUAUGGGAAGGAUCCGAUUGCUCAGGUAGAGCUGAGGUUGCAAUUGUUUUGAUAUGCACAUUUAAAUAUACAUUUGGAAACCAGCACUUUGACCUAUACUAUUGGAAGAGCAAAGGCUCCUAAACAGAGGUUCUUAGUUGUUGCCUUACAGAUGUGGAACUCCCUUCUAGAUUUCCAUUGAAGUCUCAGCCUGGAUACCUUCCAGAAGUAUUUUUAGGCUAGGUUUACACGUGCAGCAGAAUUUAUAAAAACUCCUAACCCACAAGGCAUCUCACAACUGUAAAUCAAAACAUAACAACUUACCAAUAAUAGAACUGUUAAAAAUAUACAGCAACAGGUUUGAAUUACUCAAAUGAAGCAAAAAACGUGGCAGAACAAAGUCUUUUCAAUUCGCAUAAAUGGCAUUAAAGAAGGGACCAGUUGACUCUCCCAAAGACCGUUCCAGAGUCUAGACAUUGCAGCCAAGUAUUCAGUAUCCUGCUGGACCUAUGAUGGCAGUGAGAUGCGGAGCAUGGCCUCUAAGAACAUAGAAACAUGAGUCUAUAGGUAUCAUUGUUAUAUGAUCCCCAUAUUGGUUUAAAAGCCUUGCCAGGAAUAGAACCCUUAGCUGCUAAUGAGGGAGGUUGUAGCCGAGCAUUCAAAAACAUCUUUCCACCUGUAGUCUGGUGUGAUGCAGUCCAUUUUACUGCCUCAUUCUAGGACAGACAUAACCUUCCCUGUUCUGGCUGGCUUUUAUGCCACAAGAACUUCAUGGAAUAAUCCAGCAGUGCUGGAAGACAUAGACAGACGCUGGCUGGUAACUUGUGCAAGCAGCAGCUGAGUUCCUUGUCUUGGCAGAAAAUAUAGAUAUGGAGAAAGGGCAAUAGCACUCCUGCUAAGGUCUUGAAUAUCCAUUUGUUCAAGUGCAUAGGUUCUCACACGGCACAGAAAGAUAUAUGCUGCUCUGUGCUACAUUGUCUAGACACUCUUCCACUAUGCACAAGGUUAAGGGAGCCUGAAAGUUUUUUAAAAAAUUAAGAGGAUGGCUUGUUAACUUGAGACACAUUUUAAAUAUCCUGCAAUUAAGAAUCUUGCAGCUUGUGUUGUAUUUGUCCAUAUGAGUGUUCCAUUUGUGAAAUGAAUCUUCUCUCUCUCCAUUCACAUUCCUCCUCUGAAUCCACCUUUUCUGUGAAUCCUGUGCCCUAACUUCUUAAUCUUGAUCACAAGCCAAAACACAGUCUCUGUGUAUUUCCAUCUGCUCACAUUCAUCCCCUUUAGCUCUGUUGUCUCUCAUCAUGACGAAAUUUAGACUGUAAGCUACUUGCAGCAGGGCGACUUUUGGGUUUCUUCUGUAAAGUGCAAAGCACGUCGUUGGCACUGUAUAAAUAACAAAGCAUUUCUAAUUAUGAUUCUGCUUCUGUGGCUAAAGAAAGUUCCACAUAAUAAGCUUUCCGUCUGUAAAGCUAAAUAUUAUGUAGCUUUAGGAUGUAUUUUGACAGCCAUUGUGAAUAAGUGGUGUGGUUGCCAAGGAAUAAUUUAAGACAGAGCUUCAUGUUAAUCAUCUUCUUCCUAGGAGAUAAUUAUGGAGAGCUAGCAAACCAUAGUCAAUGAAAAGUGAAUGAAUUCAAAGAAAGUAUAUGCCAGUAGUUCCUCUACUUGGUGGAAGAAUGCUUUCUAUGUUUUAUUUCAAGUUCUCAUAAAAAACCCUGUAACAAGAAAAGGUUUAAUUUAAAUCACUGUAAACAUGUAUAUAUAUGAGAGGAUGAAGUGCAGUGUCAAAAUAUUUUUGCUACUUCUAUCAUAGUUUUGGAGAAUAUUCUUAAUUGUUCACAUGCUUUGUGUCCCAGAUUUUCAGUUCAUAUGCCUGUCUUAAAUAGAUAUGGGUGUGCUUUGGUUUCUCAUUUGUUUAGUUACAAAUAAUAUAGUUAAGUACUUGUUAGCAUAUAUCUUGAAAGUUGAAAAAGCAAGUUGAUAACCACCUCAGUGUCCUUAGAAGCUGGUUCUCCAGCUGCAAACAUUUAUAGCACUGGCAGUUUCCCAACACUUUGGAUUAGCUCUGGGCAUGUCUACAAAGGAUUUUAGCUGUAAGAUGCCUUUUUUUGUUGUUCAAAGGCUAAGUAGAUUCCGCUAUAAGGAAUUGACUUCCUUCCCUGCUUGACUAGUCUUUCACAAUCCAGAAUGAGAGAGAAUUAUCAAAGAUUCUUUCUGGGAAGGCUUAGAAAGCAUGUUCUCACUUUCUAAGUUUACAAUGCUGAAGAAUCCAAUAUUGAAUGUAAUCACUCUAUCAGCAGCACUUUAACAGAGGUCAAGUUACCAAUUGAAAGAGCAAAUUGAUAUUGAAGUUCUUUUUCUUAUAUUUCCAAAAAAAAUACCCCAUUUAAAAAUGUGUAAGAGAGCACUUAGUGGGAGCUGGCUUUAAAAAAAACAAAACCUCUAUUUUGUACAACUGGGUAAUGAAACGUUGUUUAUUUCAUUUAUGAAUCACUUUAUAAGGUUCAUCACAAAGUGAUUUACAGUAUACUUUAUAGUGAGCCAUUUUCCAUGAAUGUGUUUGAAUUUUUCUAGGUGCUUCACUAAAACCAGUGGCACUUUUGGAAGCAACCCUGCAGCUGUGAUGCCCAUCGUAGCACCUUAUCAGCAGGACAGUUUAGAAAUGAAACCGUUGAAUCAUAUGAUGGUUGCGAUGUGCUUAGCGUCCACAACCCCCGGAUGCAACGCUGAGGCAGAGGAAGACGGCAAGGAGAAAGUGGAUCCCCCAUCUCCUCGGGACUCCUGUGACCAAGAAAAUGUGAAUCCACUCAGUACAGAUUGUAUAGAAGGUACGCCAGCAUUUUGGGAAUUGUGGAAAUAUAUAGCUGCCUCCGAGGCAGUUGCUUUUUAUUUAUAAUCAGAGCAAUUUAGCGCAGAAACCAAACUCAGACUGAGAUUAAAUACUUAAGCUUCUUGUGGUUCCCUGUGCAUGUUAUGGAAUUUGGUGCUGUGGUGCUUAAACUGCGGGCUUCUUUUUCUUUUUCAAAAAUGGAUUUCAUCCAGUACUCUCCUUGGAUUAUUUGUGGUGACUAAAUUGUUUUAAACACUGUGCUAAUUUAUUUAAAUCUCUGCCAAGACCACCUUCGGCUGUGAUCUUGUGUUUCAGCAACUAAGAUUAAUCAAACUAGCUACUUAGGAUAGAAGAGCUGCAGGACAGCGGGGGAGGGAGGAAUGUUGAUGAUUCAUCAAAUAGUAGUCUUGUUUCCCAGCCUGUUGGAGCUUGUAUGAAGCCUCUUGAUAAAUUUGAUGGUUGUUGAAGUUGCUAAUAGACAACUAGAUAAUAAUAGCCGCGUUUUGAAUUUGCAGAUCACAGUGCACAUUUGGAAACAUCAGAUCACAUGUUGAGCUGGAGCCCCCUUAUUCUCCAGCCUCUUUCAAAAGACUGUAAUGAAAAGACAGAAGGGAUUUCAAAUGGCGUUACGUUGGACGGUUUGGGGAGUCUUCGACAGCUCCAAGUACAAGAGACUUAAGGAACUGACCUCCUUCCCCUCCCCACUUAAAGCCAGUAACUGCACAGCAGAGUCGCUGAAAGAGACUUACAACAGGAUGUUAAUUAUAAAAGAUGCUAUUUAUUUUUUGGUGUAGUGUCCUAUGAAUGUAUGUUUUUAAGAAAGCCUUUUGCCUUUUCAUUUUAUUUAUGUCUUGAGAAAUUCCUUCCCAUCCCUUCCAGCACAACACCAUUGUGACUAUCUGAAGGUAUGUUGUCAUUACAGGAAACAUACUAAAAUGUUUUCCACGGACAUUGGAAGAAUACAGCUUCAUUAUAGUGCAAACAUUUAGGAGAAGUACUUAUUGGAUUGGUUCAGAUCCAAGUUGAUCUUUGGUUUAUAAUUUACAAUUUGGUGGUAUAACUCCACAGGAUGGUUCAGUGCAAAUGAAAACAGAAUGAACUGUUGGGCUAUGGAAAUUUAAAUUGUUACAGCAUAUUAAUGAACUGUUGCCACCUAACUCUAAAACACCCUAAAGUGGAAAAACAUGGAACUUGCAGUGGAAGUCUGGUUCUCAGUCAGUGCUAGCGAAAACUUGUUAGAAAAUGGCAGGACUGCUCAUUUAAGUGAAUGUAGUACUUGAGGUGUGAAGUUCUUGCCAUACUCGUUCCAGAUAGUGAAAGGCACAACAUGGGCAACAAUUAAUGGUUGGCAAACACAUUAUGUAACCCUUACUGUUGGGUGGAAGAAUUGAGCAUGGGUAUUUCGCACCGGCACCCCUUGUUGCCAUUCUAAAGCGUUUUGAUUUGUUUCCUGAUGUUCCUGUUAUGUGUCCUGUGCAUCAAGGAGAAUGUGCAGGGCACAUUUUCCUACUUGGGUUAGGUGAGCUUUUUUGAAAGGCUUUGUAGGAUGCUUGGGUUAAAAAAAAGCAAGGGGAGAAUUUGAUGUCAGUGAUUUAGGAAAGCAAUCAAAAUUGUUCUGAAUUGGAAAUGGCUCCCUCCUAUCUCUCCCCCCCCCAAAAAAAAGUGUGUUUCUGGAGUUUGCUUUAAGGGUAAAUAAGUUCAUACACAGUCCACAUUAAGAAAAACAGCUUAGAGAGGGAGACACCAGGAGGGAAAUGGCCAAAAUGGAGGAAGUUGAGAAUAGUUGCCCUGGUUAAUCCGUAGUUAGAACCUUUAUAACUAUUCACUUUCACAAGAUGGAGCAGUGUUGAGGGAGGUUUGGGGACAAAAGUGCUAGGUGUUGGUAGUUAAGUUUAGCAACACAUUCUAUGAAAUAGGUCUUACAGACUCGCCCUUUGCAAGAAGUUUGUCCAGCAAAGGGUUCUGCUUUGGCUGCUUUAUAAAUACACUGGAGCAUUACACAAUCAAACUUAGAAUGUAAGGCCUCUAGAACAUUUUGUUCAUUUGGUUUAGCUACCAGCUACCAGCUUCAGACUCAAGUCCUUUGUCUUACACCUUCCCAGGGUUGCCAACUUGAAUAAAAUAUUUGGGGGGGGGGGGGCUUCCCAAAAAUUAUCGUGAUUAUUCUGUGUAUCUUCAUGGAACUUGGAUAAUAGGGCAGUCAGGGUUGGGGGUGAUGCAGAAUGUUUAAUACCCGUGUUUCACUUCUUUUGGAGUACAAAAUAGCUGCUUUGCCCCGCAGCGCCCAAUACUAUUCAGUGGUUGUGUCAGACUUGCAGCCAAGUUGUACAACACCUGUAUAUGUAGCUUUAAGAAAGGUGCCUGUGCUUCAGAAAUAGCUGAGGGCACAAUGUGUACGUCACAAGGCUAGCUGCAUAUUUCCACCUUCUCCCAGUUUUAACCAGCACAAAUAAAACAAACUUACACUUGUAAAACAGCUCCACGAAUUGGAGGCACGUAACUCUAUAUUUGCAGUUGCCCCGUGGCAAUAUGAAUUCAUUUUCCUAGCUAGAUCCAGGAACUAGAAACGCCCCGUUUGAAGAAGGGGUGAGGGGGGAAAUAGAGGAAAGGCCAAAUACGCUGAAUAGUAAUUGCAAGCCCCUUACAGAAGAGCAGAGGUGCUCAUCGGUGCAAUGUACCAUACUGAGUAACAUUUGUGUGUGUAUUUUGUGUGUGUGUGUAUGCGCGCGAUAAAAACAAGCUUUGUAUUUUUAUAUCUGUUGCAGCAAUUGUCAAAUGCUGUGUGUGUAUAUAGUGUGUGAUUAUUUUAUAUAAUAUAUUAUGUAUAUUAUAUAAUUUUAUAAAUAAGGCUCCCUAAUGAGAAUUUGCAGUGCUUAUUGGGUUACUGUGCAAGGACCCCUUUCUUUGUAGGAAAUUAGAACAAGACUUGAUUCAAUUUAUAAUUAGGCCCACAGAACAUCUCUGCUGCUCAUCUCCAAACUAAACUAACGGCUGGACACUUCUGAGAAAUUACUUUUCAAAGCCUUAGAGGGGGAGUGACAACUAGUAAAUGAAUGUGACCUGCUGGAAGCAAAGUCCCAGCUGGUUUGGAGACAAUUAUUAUAUAUGCCUUUUCAAAAAGCAAGAAUGUCAGAGUACCUUUGAUGUGGGAAUUUAAGGGAUUCUGGCACCUCUGUCAUACGAGGCCACUUCAAUUCAAAAGAGUUCAGGCAGGUAAGAUGAGCCUUUCGAUGUGGAACUGAGAAAGUCAUACUUGGAGGCUGGGAAAGAGUUUGUAAUCUGUUGUAGUAGAAUCUCAUCAAGGACUGCUUUAUUUAUAUUGUGUGACACUGUUUUAAGUGUUUUUCCUUUUUAUUGUAUUUUAUUUAUAAAAGUUAUAUAUUGCCUUUAUAUUUUAGGGGGAUUGUGAGUUUUCCCUCAAUCAUAGGUGUGUAAUUAUGAACCUUGCAAAGCAUAGACAAGUGGCCAAGUUUCUCUGAUCCACCUGCUCAUUCAGUUCCAUAUUAGAUUCUGACUAGUGACUCCUGGUCAGGAAACAAAGAAAAUCUUGUUUUUGCUUGUACUGAUGGAUAAUAAUGUGCCUUCCUACUUGGUAUCCACUUAAGCUGUCACUGCCUUUUCAAAUUCAUUAAGCACAAUAAAUUUGUUGGGACUUUUUAAUGGCUCAUAAAGCACUUUCAUGAGACUUCCAGCAUCUUGUUUAAAAUCUUCAGAAUGCUAGCUUCUCAGUGUUUCUAGUUCUCAUGUUUUCACAGAGCUUUGGAACCAAAUAAGCAAGAAGAAGUCUAAACUCCACAUUCAUUCUCAUGCUUUUAGUGUUUAGCAGAUUUUCCCUGAAUAUUUCUCAUAUACAAAAUUCAUGAUCAGAAUAUAUUACUGCCACAGAUGAACUGCUGCAUGUCUGUCAUCAGUAGUUUGGCAUCUGUCCUCAUGGAAAGAUGCAGAUUAUGUUAAAGCAGAAACAAAAUGCACAAUUUUGGCUUGAGAUAGGUUAGAUGUUCUCCUUUUGUUCAUCCUUAAGGUCUCUGACUCAUUAGAAGGGCUUCUGACUAUUUUAAAAUGGCAAGAACUGAUGCAGCGAUAUAUUAUUAUACCACAGCUAUCCAUGUUGUGCAUGGCACUAGCAGGUAUGUAAGUCCAAGCAAAAAAUUGGCAAGUAUGUCCCACUGAAAUCUGUCCUUCUUACUUCAUUAUAAGGAGCCAGUGCUGGGAACCCACUUCAGCUUUGACAAGUUUUUUUUGAACAACUUUUUUGAUGGCAUAUGUCCUGCCUAUGGAACUGAAGCAUUUCCCAACCUGGUGCCCUCUAUAUGUUGCUGGAUUACAAUUUCCAUAAUCCCAAAACAUUGGUCAUACUGCUAGAGCUGAUGGAGUCCCACAACUUCUGAAGUGUACUAGGUUAAGGGAUACUGGUCUUAAUUAUAAAAGGUCUUAUCCCCCUCCAAUCUCUUAAAAGCAAUUUGGUUAAAUAAAGUAUUGCUGUCUAAGCAGCAAGCGUUCUAAUAUUUGUAAUUCUUGUUCUUUUGCAAAUAAAUGGUUUUAAAGAUGCAUGUCUUUUGUAUCAUAUAGAAAAAAAUACACUAUAUUUUCCUUUAAAAGUUGUAAUAUUCUUUUUUUUAAAGAAAAUUGUACAUAUGUUUAAAUGAUGUAGGUUUGGGCAGGAU